ACCAGCAUCGGGGCGGGGCGCUCCUCUGGCUGCUCCAGCUUCGGCGGCGGCGGCGGCAUUGCUGGCCGGGCUCCCGCGGCGUCCUCGCCUGUCCCGCUCCAGCUCCGCGGCGGCGAUCAUGUGCAGCCCGGUGGAGCGGCGCCUGGCCGGGCUGCGGGAGGCGCUGCUGGGCGAAGGGGCGGCGGCCGAGCCGGGGCUGGAGGCGCUGCUGGACCUGCUGCUCUGCGUCCACCAGGAGUGCAGCGGCGCCCCCCUGCGGCGGGAGAAGAACGUGCAGCGCUUCCUGGACUGGGGUGAGUGGGCAGCGGCAGGACUCUGGGCCGGAGGGUUCCUGGGCGCGUGCAGAGCGCCUCUCCGGCGCGACGGGUGGCUUGCGGGGCCGGGGCCAGUCAGUUUCUCGGAGUUAAGACUUCUCCCAGGUGGAGAGCAAGGAGCUUGUUUAGCGUGGCGGAGAGGAAGGUCUGAGGCUGAGUUCUGAAGCAUGUAAAGUAGUAACAUAAAAUACCCGAAGAGGUGAAGGUGGGCCGCGGUUCAUGAAGGCGGUCUAGUCCAACCCGCUUUUUGGCUGGCAUGUGUCCAACAGGUGCCUCUGCUUGAAGAUCUCCAGCCAGGGACAGCCCCACCACCAUCAACCCCUGGCAAGGCCAUUGGCUCCCUUGGUGAACCCCUCUUGCUGUCAAGAAGUCUCUCCUAAUGUUCAACCAAAAUCUGGUGCCUUGGAUCUUAAAGACCAUUAGAUCAAGGCUUUCUGGGACAGCAGAGAUUUAAUACCUAGAUGCAUACCUAGUAUGCACAUGGCUUCCCCUCUCUCAAAGGAAUUCUGGGAACUGUAGUUUGCUGUGAUUCCAUGGCACCUGUAUCUCUGUGAGGGGGGAGCCGCAGUUCCCAGGAUUAUUUGGGGGAAGGCAUGUGUUUUAAGUGGGCCUUAAAUGUAUGUUGUGCAUCUGCCACACUGUCCACUGCUUAUCUGACACUCAUUCGAGUAUCUGAAUUGCAGAGGUAUCACAACCUGCAAACCCGCACCAAUUAAACACACCAUAUUUUGUUCAGCUUUACUACCUGGAGCUCAUUUUCUAUACCCCUGACCAUCUUUGCUACCUCCCUCUGGACCUGUUCCAAUUUGUCUACAUACUGCUGUAGAAUGGGUACUUCUCUUUAAGCAUGUGCAGAGUGCCUCCCUUCCACUGAUUCAACCUGCGGGAUUUGGAGAGUAAAAACACCCACAGAAUUCUCUGCCACGAGGGACUGAGAGCUACUGAAGGGACCACCCAAGCCUUCUUCUUUCACCCACUAUAGACUAGGGGCCGUCAGUGGGGCUUCUCCCCAGAUGUUUUGGAUUUUUAACUCCCAUCCGCUCCAGAAUCUAAUAUGGCCAAUGGUCAGGGGUGAUGGGAGUUGUAGCGUGCAUCAUUUGGAGAGGGUACCCAGCCUUUGCUGUUGACCGUCAUGGCUGUGGGAAUAAGGAAACUGGUUGCUUGGGGUGAGUGGUGGACAAACCGGACUGAUGCUUAUCGCAAGAAUGGCAAAGCUUCCUUAGCUACGCAGAACUCAUCAACAUGGGAAGCCAGUUUAUACUGAAUAAGACCAUUGGCUCUAGCUAGCUCAGUGCAGAUUGGCAGCAGCUAUCCAUUACUGCUCCCAACCCUACCUGGAGAUGCCAGGAAUUGAAUCUGGGAGAUACCUCCGAGCUUGAUUUUGGUGUGUGUGUAUCUAGAAUGGAACAGGUGAAGCCUCCUUUUGGCUAGUUUCCCCGCUAGGGUUGGCCUGUCCCACCUCCGCAACAACCCACAAGUUAUCCUCCCUGCUUGGGACCACCCACAGUCAUGCCCCAAGCAGGGCAUAGUAGGAAAUGAAUGGACCGGCUGUGCCCUUGCGUCACAGAGAGGGGAACUGAGUCAUGGAGCAGUGUGGCGAUGUCACACGCCUCAAGUGAUGCGCUGAGAAUGUAGCCAAGCCAGAAAGGGACCUUCCUAUCUCUUGAGAUGCCAGCCUUUGGUGGCUUCUCUAUCACAGUCAGGGGCUUAUUCCUGCAUUUCAGAGGGUUCUGCUGGAUGAUCCUUCAGGUCCCUUCCAGCACCAUGAUUCUAUGGCUUGGUAAAGGAGGGCAAAGACAUGGCAGGGCAAAUGCCAGCCAUGCCACCUGUGGGCUUUGCAUCCUGUCUCUUGCUUGUAAAAAGGACCUUGGUGACAGGUCCAGGGGUGGAAAUUCAAUCUCUCUGAAACAGCAGGACUCUGUGGUGGUUUUAGGGACAUCCGGACCCUUUCAUGCCAGGUUAGAAUAUUUGCUGCUGUGACUGACAGCCUUUCUCUGGGGCAUCUGAGGCAAGGAAGGCUCUUUCCCACCUCCAGUUUCUUUAACACAUUCGCACACUCAGGAUUUGCAUUAUUGCCCAGGUUGGGGUGUGGAACCAUCAAUGUAAUGGGCAUUCUUUGCCAUGCUGAUGGGGGUUGUGGUCCGAAACAUCUGAGGGCACCAGGUUGGUGAAGCCUGUGUGGUUUUGCUUGAUCCUGGGAGAUCCUCUUCUCUUCCUCCUCUCAUCAACAUCCACGGGGUGUGUGUGUGUGUGUGUGUGUGUGUGUGUGUGUGUGUUAUUCAGCAGUUUAUUCCUAACUUCUGAGCAUAAACAGGAUAAGCACACCUGUUUUCCCCCACUACCAAGAAGGCCCUCUGUAACUUCACUUCUCACAGUGAGGGAACUGCCAGGAGGCCCUCGGAGCCAGGCCAAGUUGCUCAGACACAACUCUGGGGGUGUUUCUCUGCUCUAUGAAACAGCCCUCCUGGAUACUUCUGACUUCUGUUUCACUCAGAAUAGUGAGGGUGCCCCGCUUUCCUGCUUCAAAGCAGUCAGGGCAGCUUGGAACAAUGGUGUUUGAAAACAAAAAAUAAAAACCUGAAACAGAGAAUUUAACCUAACGGCAGCAAAGGAGGCCAAUGCAACUGUCCGAGAAGCCACGAGUGUGGUGUUAAGUCGGCGCCUAAAGGCAGGGCCAGCCCAAGACAUUUUGCCGCCUGAGGCAAAGGGCCGGCUGGUGCCCCUCCUUCCAGAAGCCAACCAGAACACCAUUUUGCUUCAACAGUGGUGACGGGACAACCACCUCCACAGUCCCUGAAGGCAGCAGGCUAAUUGCUAGCUGGUGGGUGAGCGCCUCGCUUUGCUUUCCAUCGCUUUGCUGCUGCCACCUCCCACAACCUCACUUUGCCUAAUAGUAGGGCUGGAGCUGCCUAAAGGAUGACAAACUUGGCAAGGGAGAGGGAUUUCUGACGAGAGAGUCCCAUAAACCACGAUGCCAACAGACAGACUGCCUUGUCCCACUUGCCACCCUGAGAGCCUCUAAAGGUGUGGCCGGGGGGGGGGGAGCGGAUUGGGGCCACCAUAGAUCUGAAGGCCCUGGGCAGGUUCAUACGGGAGAAGACACCCCUUUAGGUAACUUGGUCCCUAAAGUUCUGCAGCUGAAUCCACCCCUUUGAGUUGCACCCAGCAACAGCCUGGAGGCCAGCUGAGAUCUCCAAAUGCCAGCUGCUUCUGCUGAGACUGGCAAGCCUUGGUUAACCGCACAGCUGUCUUGUAGCACCUGUUCCUAUUGAGGUAAGAGCCAGGAUGCAACAAGCAGAUGGGCUCCUCUUCAGAGUGGAGCAUUUACCCCUCCCUCAGCAUCAUUUGUUAAGGACACAGGAGGCUGCCUUAGACUGAAUGAGACCCAGGCCCUCACGCUGGGAAGUGGAACUAUAAGCAGAGGUCAGAGAGGGCUUGCCCCACAACUGGCGAUGUGAAGGCCUGGGGGGGGAAAGGGGGGGUUGGGGUGACAGUUCCUGCCCUCCCAUGUUUAUUGUUUUCCCCCUGAGCCUUCACAUCUUUAAACCACACCACCAAAUACUGCUUACACCAGUUUGUCCUGUUCUGACUGGCAGCAGCUCUCUUAUGUUUCCCAUAGAGAGAGAGGUUUUUCCAAUUACAGUCAUACCUUGGGUUGCGAACGUGAACCCGAAGUGCCGCGUCUGUGCCGAAACCCGGAAGGAACCCGUUCCAGUACUUCUGGGUUUGGUGCGGUCCACAACCCGAAAACGUGCAACCCGCAGGGUUCGUAACCCGAGGUAUGACUGUAUCCAUUAACACUGGGUUUUAAAGUUGGAAAGAAACAUACAGCCUGGAGACUUAGAUGGGUCCUUUGUGCCUUGGACGUAGGACGUUGGAUUUUGGUUCCAGAAAUGUGAUAUUUGCAGUGGCUGUGGACCAGAAACAUUUCCCCAACCCUAUCAGUGUGCAUAUGUGUUCAACCCCCCCCCCCCCAAUAGCAUUAGGCCCAUCCCCAUCCCCUUUUCCCAACACCAAUGCUGGCACAAAACAAUCCCCUUUUGUGACGGUUACAAAAGAGCUGAAUUGUAUUGUAUCAGGAAAUAUAAUUCUAUCACAUAUAAGGACUUAAGAAGAGCUUGGUGAAUUCCCCCAGGGACCACCCAGAUGCCCAUAUGGGAAACCCACAAGAAAGCUCUGAGCACAAGACUCCUCUCCCUUCCACUGUUUUCCCGCAAGCAUAGCUGCCUUCAAAAGCGGAGGCAGAGCAUGGCCAUCGUGGCUGGGAGCCUUUGAUAGCUGGCUUCUCCUCCACGAAUCUGUCCAAUCCUCUCUUAAGGCUAUCCAAACUGGUGACUCUCACUGCCUCCCGCAGAAGUGAGUUCCGCAGUUCUCUAACAAUGCAUUUUCUCGCACAGUCUUCUGGCUGGGACCCAUGCCGUCUGCUGUUUUGUGUUGCAUGGUUUUUAUUCACACAUUUGUACACAGCCCCGGAAUUUUGUGUUGAAGGGGCAGAAGACGAGAGAGAGCAGAAAAUCCCAGGUAUGACCCCCUCCCCAGGUGUGACACACACACCCCCAACAGCAUCUCCAGGUAGGGCAGGGAACAACUGCCUUCCUGAAAUCCUGGAGAGAGAGAGAACCUCUGCCAGUCUGUAUAGCUGACACUGAGUUAGCUGGGCAAAUAGUCUGGCUCUGCAUAUGGCAGCUUCCUAUAAUCCCUAGAUAACCUCCCCCACCUCACACACACCCCGCUCCAAAAUGGGUUAGUCCUGUUUUGAAGAUAGUUCUUCUGUCCAUGGUCACAUCUGAGUCUUGGUCAGCCCUGUGGGAGUCCCUCAGAGCAAGCAAGGCAGCUUAUCUGGACCUUGCAAUAUUCAGAAAUGCAGCUUGUAAAUAUCUGCAUGACUUUGAAGUCUUCUAUGAGCUGUUCGCCGGCCCGGCCCUAUCGUUAGACAAAGUAAGGCAUGUUCCCCUGUUCCCCAGAGGCAUUCCUCUCUCAGAGGACAGUGCUGGGUGGGAGUGCCCUCGUGGCCUGUCCUGGAGUGCCUAAAAGUGCUGCUUGUCCUCCGGUGUGACAGAGGACAGGAACCCACUGCAGGCAUGGAAGUAAGGUUCGUCUCCCAGUCCCGUCGCCUUGUGUGUGUGGAUUUAGUGGGGGCACCAUCUUGCCUUCCUCCAGGCAGCAAAAUCCCUCAGGACCGCUCUGCCAAUUGCAAACCAUAAGGAAAACUGAUGGCGGCAGAGCGUUCUGGCUUCAGGCGGCCUCAGUCCUUACACGGGUGUCUGUUCUACCCUCUUUCUCACUCUGAAAGGGUGCAAAGGCUGUCCAGAUUGUUAUGUGCUGAACUCUGUAGAAGGGGGCAGUUCAAGACAAAGAGGCCCAUUGGACUGUCUGCUCAGGGCCAGCCCAAGUUCUUUUGCUGCCUGACGAAUGGCAUAGUCUCCUCAAUUGCACCUGGAAUUGGGCUCAGGGCAGGCCAUGUGGCAUGCAAGCUCUAUCCUGCAACACAGGGGUAAUGGCUGGGGGUGGAGAGGAUGCUCAGGCAGAAGGGCUGGGCGAUGCUGAUGCUGCCCUCAGUUGCCUCCUUCUGCCCAAUGAUAGUGCCGGCCCUUCCUCCAAACAGCUUGAAGCCAUUCUCCACGAAUGUAUAUCCAUACCCUCCAACAUUUUUGGCACCUAAAUCCGGAUGCUCUAUUUUUGGUUUCAAGCUCUCACGAGAGCAUGAAACUGAAGCCGCUCUGUUUUUUUUGUCCUGCAAGACCAACAAACGAGUGGCUUUCGUUCCAGUGCUCUGGCACAACCCUGCCGACUUGCACCAGAGUGAGUGUCUUUUGGUCCGGCGCUUUUGGACCAACAAAUGGGAAAUUCUGGGGUCCAAACAGAAGCCGGGAUUGGCUUCUGUGAUUCUGGGAUUUCCCGCUUUAAAUGGGACAGUUGAGGGGUAUGCAUCUCACCUGAAAAAGCGUGCUUCCCUCUUCUGCCUUUUUGCAACUAGCCAGUCCCAGAGAAUUGUGAGAAGGUCUGCAGCCCAUGGAUGACAGAGCACCUGCCAGGUGUCAGAAGGCUGUGGGUUCAAUCCCUCCUUGAGGCCCUGGAGACCUGCUGUCAGUCAGAGCAGGCCAGAGUGGGCUAAAUGGGACAGUAGUUUGGCUGGCUAUGAGGCAGAUGUUCUAAGCCUGCUAGUAAUUAUAUGCACAUCAGUGUGGUGUUGUGAGAGUGUUAGACUAGGAGCUGGGUCCAGGAACACUGAGCAGUUUACAGCUCUUUAGGGUCUCUGCCACGACCGGGCAAGACUCCUCUUUGCAGAUGCCAUCAGAGAUUGAACCCAAGGCUUUCUGUGAGCCAACAGCCACAAUGACCCCUUCUCUCACUCAUCUUCAUUUCAGUUCAGUUCACUUUUAAUUUGUAUACCACCUUUCUAUAUUACUAUACAUGCGGCGAUUGGUGCAAGGGCAUAAGAAGAGAAGCUUUUUUAGGGGCUAUCUUUGGCUGGGUACUCCCCCUAAAAAAAGGUCAACAAGCUCCAACACCUCUUUUUCUAGAAAAAAAUGCCCUGCAUGAUAAAACCAUAACUUUAAAAUAAACAACUUACACUGAAUAAAGCAAUCUUCAAUAAUCCAUUAGAGUAUAACAGUAAACGGUAAAAUUAAAUACCAGCAAACAAUAAUUAAACAGUUUACACGUAACAAGUACAAUAAAGAAUGACUAAACUAUAAGCAAUGAAAAUAACGGCAAGUCACAAUGCAUAAAACACCACAAAACCAUGUAAAUGGAUCGAAUUGAGAAACAAGGACACACAACUUAUAAAAUUAUUAUUUUUUAAAUAUCCCUAAACUCCUCCCUUCAUUGUCAAGAGAGGAAGGAACCAGCAGGUUGACGAUGUAAAAUCUGAAGGCUGUUUCUCUGGCUUCCCCAACAAGUGCUAAAGCCAGUCUGUACCCGCCUUGACAUUGUCACAACUCCCAACUUUGCCAAUGGUCAGGGAUGCUGAUGAUGGGGGUACUAGUUCGGCAGCAUCUGGGGGGGCACAGGUUCCCCACAACUGUUAUAUUGAGACUAAUUCUGCAAGCAGUGGGGAUGUGUAGGUCAAGGUGGUAGUGGUGGUGGUGGUGGUGGUAGGGACACUGCCUUUUUCUCGGCGCCUUGUUCCUAACCUCAGUAUGUUUAGGGACUGGAGAGGUUGCAGCAUUUGCGACUUUUCAGCUUAGGAAACAGGCAAGUAACGGGUGACACAACUGAAGUAUACAGAAUUGUGCGUGGCAUGGAGAAAACAGACAGAAGUUUUUUCUCUCAGAACACUAGAGCUAGUGAGCAUCCAAUGUGGCUGAACAUUCUUAGACCCAGGACAGAUAAAAGACCUUUUUCAGGCCGUGCAUGGAACUCACUCCUGCAAGAAACAGUGAAGGCCUCAAACCUAGAUGGUUUUAAAAGAGAAUUGGACAAAUUCAUGGAGGAGAGAGGGCUAUUGAUGGCGACUGGCCAUGAUGGCUCUGCUUUGCCUCCACAGAUGGAAGCAGCAAUGCUUCUGAAUACCAGUACAGUCAUACCUCAUGCUGCGAACGCUGCGGGUUACGCUCUUUCAGGUUGCGUCCUGCGGUGAACCGGAAGUACUGGAAAGGGUUACUUCCAGGUUUCGCUGCUCACGCAUGCGCAGACGCGGUGAAUUGCGACCUGUGCAUGCGCUGUGUUCCUUUCAGGUUGUGAACGGGGCUCUGGAACGGAUCCCGUUCGCAACCAGAGGUAGCACUGUAGCUGGAAACCACCGGAGGGGGAGGGGGGCUCUUGUCUUGCUUGUAGGUUUCCCGGUUGACCCCUGUGAGAACAGGACUAAGAGAGCCAUUUCCCUGAUCCAGCAGGGCUCUUCUGUUCUCAUUCUGAGAGCUUUUGGUGCAGGGGGCGGCCGGUGGCCUGAGAGCACUCCAAAAGGUCUGCAACAAGCCAUUGUGAUCAUCUUUAAAAGCCAGCUCUCCCUUGCCUUCCUGCAUCCCCACUCCCCUCCGAAAUGGGCUUUCGCUGCUGUCUGGUUGGUCGUGGAACUGCUCCGCAACGCUGCAGCUGUUCAGAGGGGGAACUGGCAGCCUCAGGAUGUUGACAAGGAGGGGAGCUUCCUUGCAGGCAGGCAGGAAGAGAGGAAAACUUCACGCUUGGGCUUUUUGGGUAGUAGGAGGGGAAAUGAAAUGUUCCGGUGGCAAGAAACGAAGCCUUGGGAACUGUCUCUCUCAGAUAGCAGUAGAAACACGUGGACCUCCAGUGAAGCAGAAUGUUGGAAGAUUCAGGACAGGCCCAAGAAAGUGCUUUUCCACACAGCACGUAGUUAAAACUAUGGAACUCCCUCCCACUGGAGGCAGUGAUGGCCACCAAGCUAGAUGGCUUUAAAAGAGGAUUGGACAAAUUCGUGGAGGAGGGAGCAGUCGAUGGCUGCUCCAUCGCUGGAGGCAGCAAUGCUUUUGAAGACCAUUUGCUGGAGAACCCAGAGGAGGAAAGAGGGCUCUUGUGCUUGGUUCCUGCUUGUGAGUAUCCCACAGGCAUCUGGUUGGCUGCUGUGAGAACAGGAUGCUGGACUAGAUGGGCCAUGGGCCUGAUCCAGCAGGGGUCUUCUUAGGCUCUUCUGCCAAGCAGGAAGGCCAGAGAGGUGUUUCGGCACUGUGUUGAAUUUGCCCCAUUGGAAUGAACUUAGCAGCUCUCAUAGCAGAGGAGGUUCCUGUGGCUUCCUGCCCAUAGCAUGAUUUAACUCAAAGGCAAGGAAUAAACCCAACCACCAAUACCGCCACCACCACCUUGGUCUUCCCCUAUCUUAAUAACCGGGGCCGCAGCCCCCACCCUGCACAGGGGCCUCCCUCCUCUUUGCCUGCAUGGAUCCAUCUCCUGCCAGGAUAACCACUUGAGCGUUCCUUCUGAGCAAGAUGUGAUGUAACUCUCGCCACCCAACCCCUUUCCCCCUGUGGCUCCUUCUUACCACGUGAAUUGCACUCCGCAACCAGACAGGACCUGUUCUUCAAGUCUGGGUGCUGGGUGGGUGUGUUCUUGAUCUUGCAGCGUAGAUAUUUUUAAUCUGGGACCCAAAGUGUGCUCCCUCGGUGACAGUGGUGGCUGUUUGGCAACGGAUGUGCAUCCAUUCCUGAGGUGGAUGGAAGGAGCAGAGGGGUUGCCUGAGGACUUGGUACAGAAACCAAGGAAGCUGCCAGACCCUUGACCCUCCCAUCUAGUUCAGUGUUGCCUACAUUGACUGGUGGCGGCAGCAGCUCUCGGGGGGUCUUGGCCCAACCCUCCUUGGAAACGCCAAAGACUGAGCCCUGGGCCCUUUUGCUUGCAGAGCAUACACUCUGCUCCUUCCCCAUAAAGUUGAGCAAGCUGUUAGUCCUCAUGGAGUUUGAAUAAAGGGCAGAUUUUAACAAAAUGCAGAAAGCCACCUUCUAGCAAGCCCGAGCGCUGCUCCAGGUGCACUGGCUCUCUGGGGUUCUGCAGGGGUCUUCCCCAGCCCUUCUGCAUGCAGAGCUGGUGCUCCAACUCCUUCCUGGGGUCUGCAGAGACUUCCUGAAGUGACAGCCUGCCCACUUCCUAGCUCAGGCUCUUGGGGGGGGGGGGAGCUGCUUGUGCACUGCAUGGCUGGAACAAGCCAGUAUCUAUGCAACCUGGGCUGUCUAUCCACAGAGCUGCCUGCCUGCCCCUCCCAUGGGAUCUCCUUCCUGCCCCACCAAUACUCCCUGAGUGGGUGUAAAAACCAGUGGCAUUUCCCCUCUCCACCUGAUAGGGAGCUGCUGCUGCUGCCUGGACUGGCUCAUGAUAGAGGGUGAUGCAUCAUCCGAGGGGGGGGGCAGGAGGAAUACCAGAACUGUUUGUUGCUCCUGUCGUCAGGGCAACCUGGCCAGGUCUGGCAACCUGGUAGGUAGGUUUUGGAUUCCAACCUGUCUGUCAGUCUUCAGGAGGGCUGUUUUUCUUAUUUCAGACGGGAGGCUUUUUAAGGUAGCAGCAGCAGCAGCACAUCUAGCCAAGGCCCCACAGAAGCCUCUCCCCCCACCACCCGCCUCCUUGUGCAUGAAGGGUGCACAUGCCUGAGGGUGGGUGUGCGCAUGUUCACAUUCUCUGCACUGAAAUAAUCCACAUUCUGUGCUGGGAAAGGGUGGUUCGCAUGGCCUGGGUCAGCUGUUGGUCUCUAUGGCACAAGCUGGUCUGCUUCCACUAUUUGCGGGUGCGAAUGAAGAGGCAUCAGCUACACACACACACACACCGAAUGCUUGCAGACAUGCUCAUCAACCCCUUCUGACUCUUGAAAUUCCACUAAGCACUUCCCUCCCUCCUCUGUGAUAAGGCCUGAACCGCUUUUCUUUUCAGUGUUUUCUUGUACACUGGCCGGCAGCAACUCUCAAGGGUUUCAGGCGAGUUUCUUUCCCAGCCCACCUUGGUGCUGCCGGGUAUUGAACCUUCUAUCUGAGUUUUGCCAUGAGUCCAACUAGCAAGCUGCCUUAUACCAGGUCCUCAAGCUCCCCAUCUUCAUAUCUGACUGGCCAUGGCUUCCCCUGCCCCAGGUGGACUCGGGCAGAGAGAGGGUCUUUCCCCUCACCUGCCACUACCUGCCCCUCUUAUUAAGGGAUAGAACCUGGGACCUGUCCGCAUGCAAAGCAAAUGCUCUUCUAUUGAGCCAUAGAUCUUUGCCACUAGGCACACUCCUCCUGACAGGGUGGGAUCCUGCAUUUUCUGACAAAUUAACUUUUAUGAAUCGGGAGCCACCUUGUGGCAAGGCUCUUCCGGGAUGUCCCAGCACCUGCUGUCCCCUUUCUUGGGGGGGGGGGGAGCAGGCAGCUAGGCCUGGGAGCAGGCAAAAGGGGCAGUGACCCAUGGGAAGGGGCUGCCUCUCCUCUCUUCUCUGGCGUGUGGGGUUCAGACCUGGCUCUUGUCCCCACCCUGCUCGCCUUGCGAGGAAUGUGGUCCCGCUGGUUCCUCUGGGCGUGCCUAGGCCAGCGCCUGGUUUUCCACUGAGGAACUAAGACUGGAAACUCUUUGGGAGCAGAGGAACACCAGCGGAAGAAUUUGCGAAGGAGGCCCUCUCCUCUGGGCCAAAAGAGGGCAGGCAGCAGCUGCUGCCGCUGCCACCAUCGCCACACCUCCUCGCCUUGCGAAGGCACCAGCUCUCUACACCCCCUGCUCUCAUUCAGAGGCUGUGGGUUCAUAAGGAGAGGUCUGCAGGAGAAGGCCAGUGGCCUAUCUAAGCUCAGCGGCCAACCAGACGCCUGCGGGGAAACCGGCAAGCAGGAUUCAAGCACAAGGGCCCUCUUCUCCCGUCCUGAGGUUCAAGCAUUCAGAAGCACUGCUGCCUCGACUGAGCAGAGCCACCAUGGCGUUUCACCAUAGCAAACCCCUCUCCUCCAUGUCCAAUCCUCUUUUAAAGCCCUAUAUCUUCCAACAUUCCUCUUUGUUGGAUAUUAAUGGGCUCUAGUGUCCUGAGAGAGAGAUCAAUGAGUUUCUCUAUACACUUUCUCCAAGCCGUGCAUCCUUUUAUCAUCCCGCCUGUGACUCGCCUUUUCUCCAAACUAAAAAGUCCCAAACACCGUUUUUCAUAGGGGAGUUGCUUCUCCCACUUCAUCAUUCGAUUGCCCUUUCUUUAAUUUUUACCCAUAAUACAGGAUCCUUUUUGCGGCAAAGUGGCCGAAACUGUACACUGCAUGCCCCUGCCCACAUGAUUCUCUGAGAGGUCAGCUGACAUCCACAGAGAUAGAAUCAAAGGGUCAUCUGGACCAGGUUUUCCCCAACUUGGGUCUCCAGCUGUUUUUUGACUACAACUCCCAUCAUCCCCAGCUGGCAGGCCAAGUGGUCAGGAAUGAUGGGAACUGUAGUCCAAAAACAGCUGGAGACCCAAGUUGGGGAAACCCUGAUCUAGUUCAACCCCCUGUGUUGUCAUUUUCCAGUUGGUGGGUAGAAUCAUUUCAACCCAACACUGGUGCUGUGUUUUCUGAAACAAAUGAAGUAGGAAUUCCUCUCCAGCUACUUUCACAACUGCAAUUCAGUUCUGUGCAGCCCCAUCUCUUCUGAUAAUAAAUUUAUGUUCUGGAAGAAGCCAGCUUUCCUCCACCAGAUCAUGUGACAGGGCUAAUAAAGGCGAUCAGCAGAAGGACCAGAAUGACUGGAUGCGCCAGGUGCCACUGGAGGCGAAAUUCAUUAGAGGGAAGAAGCUCGUUAGUGAAGUUGUGCCAAAUUUACAAACAGAGAACGAGAAGGAUCUCAAGGUGUUUUAAGUACAUUUGCUGUGAUUUAUCUGCAGUCUUCUCAACGGGCCACCCUGUAACAAAAUUCUCCAGGCUGCACGCGAGAAGGGGAUUUAAUUAAAACAGGUUGAAUUGAAACAAGGGGAUGAUUUUUAAUGCAUUUUUAACAUAUCGUGCCAGUUCAGGUUCACCAAGGACAGAGAACUUCAGCCCCCUGAAAACGACACAAUUCCCAUUCCCCAGGGAAAACGCUGACUGCCGGACCUUGUCCAAACUUACGGAAUCUUAGAAUUGUAGAGUUGGAAGGGCACCCAAAGGCCAUCCAGUCCAACCCUCUGCAAUGCAUCACAACUAAAGACUUAAUAGUAAUAAUAAUAAUAAUAAUUUCUAUCCCGCCCUCCCCAGCCGAAGCCGGGCUCAGAGCGGCCAACAACAACAAAAGCAACACAAUUCACAUAAAAGCUUAAGAGCUUAACAUCAGCCCUGCUGGAUCAGACCAAAGGGCUCCCAUCUAGCCUAGUAUCCUGUGCACACAGAGAUGCCCCCAUGGGACCUCCCCAGUGGAGAUUCCCAGCAGCUGGUAGAAUUCAGAUGCAUCCUGAGUUAAUUGGAGCUGGGCUUCCACCUUCCUCUGUGCAUGCCUCUCCAAAAAGGAGAGCUAGUGGUUAGGGCUGAGGAACCAGACAACUUCAUCAGCCAUGCUGGCUGCUCCAACUGCAUCUGGAAAGCUACAGGUCUGGAUGAGAGCCAGGACUCCUGGGUCUCUCUUCCACAGGGUGCAGCCAGGGAGCCAGGCUCAGCAAAUCCAGAAAUUCUGCAUGCAAGCAGCAUCUUUGGGUACGGUGCUUGCCCAGUGGGCAUUUUCCUGUCAAGCCAUGCUGCCUGCCUGUAUUUGAGACGCUUGUGCUCCAAGCUUGCUGCUGCCCACCUCUCUUCCCUGUCCCUACAUCAUAAGAGUGGGCCUUGGGAGUGCCGAGUUCCCAGUUACUGUAGAAUUGGAAAAGAUUCAGGAAAGGGCAUUUAAAAUGAUAACAGGGUUGGAGUGGCUCCCCUAUGAGGAAAGGUUGCAACGUUUUAGUUUAGAGAAAAGGUGAGUAAGAGGCGAGAUGGUAGAAAUUUAGAAAACGAUGCAUGGCGUGGAGAAAAUGGGCAAAGAAAACUUUUCCUCCCGUUCUCCUAACACUAGAACUCGUGGACGUCCAGUGAAGCCAAAUGUUUGAAGAUUCAAGACUGGUAAAAGGGAAGUACUACUUCUUGCAGUGGGGCUGCCCUUGAAGCUGACCCAGAGACUCCAGCGGGUGCAGAAUGCUGCGACGAGGCUCCUUACAGAGUCCUUGCUGCCGGAUCACGUUCAUCCAGUGCUUUACCAACUGCACUGGCUCCCGGAGGAGUACAGGGUCAGGUUUAAGGUGCUGGUUUUGACCUUUAAAGCCCUAUGCGGCCUAGGACCCACGUACCUACGGGACCGCCUCUCCUGGUAUGCCCCACGGAGGGCCUUAAGGUCCACAAAUGACAACAUUUUGGAGUUCCCAGGUCGCAAAGUGGUUAGAUUGGUCUCAACUAGGGCCAGGGCCUUUUCAGUACUGGCCCCGACUUGGUGGAACGCUCUGUCACAAGAGACUAGGGCCCUGUGGGACAUGACAUCUUUCCGCAGGGCCUGCAAGACAGAGCUGUUCCGCCUGGCCUUUGGUUUGGACUCAGCCUGACCUUUAUAUUGCCCUCCCCUUAUGGUCUUGAUCUAUCGGCUACUUUUAAAAUGAGGCUGCAUUUUAAAUUGCUUUUUAAUCUGUAUUUUAAAUUGGGGUUUGCCCCCCUAUUAUGUUUUUACUGUGAUUUUAUUGUUGUUAGCCACCCUGAGCCCGGCUCUGGCCAGGGAGGCUGGGGUAUAAAUAAAUAAAUAAUAAUAAUAAUAAUAAUAAUUAAACUACGGAACUCACUGCCACUGGUGGCAGUGCUGGCCACCAACCUGGGUGGCUUUAAAAAAGGAUGGGGCAAAAUCCCUGCAGGAGGAAAAGGCUAUCACUGACUUCUAGCCACAAUGGCUAUGCUCUGUCUCUUCUGAAGACCAGUUACUAAAAACUACAGGAGAGGAGAGGGCUCUUGUGCUUGGAUCCUGCUUGCAAGUUUCCCACUGGGGCUUCUAGUUGUCCCCUGUGAGAACAGGGACUGGACUGGACAGGCCACUGGCCUGACCCAGCAGCCUCUCCUUAGGUUUUCUUCUCACCCAACAAACCCCUGCAACUGUUGUUGCUUUUGAGAGACAGAGAGAAAGAGAUCCCUUAAUGAAAUUGGCAGCGCCUGUCACUUUCCACCUGUUCCAAGCCUGAGGCAGAUUGUACAGCUUGAUUAAUUUUAUGUACGGGAAAAGGAGUGUGCUGGGCUUAUUUUGGCCAGCAAACUUGCCUGCUUUCGGGACUGGGGGUUAGCUUUCCCCAUCGCCAAAUGAAGGCUGAAAAACAGUGCCUCUGAGGUUGAGCAGAGUGCAUUCCCGCCAUUAAGAUCACCCCAACUUUCCCCCAUACCUCUGGAAUAAGGGACCAAAGGUCCAAUGUUCACCUAGCCGUAGCACAUCUCCUGUUUUCUACAAGUUAGGUGCUGGAGGGAAGGGGAGGUUUUUCUGUUAAUCAUGCACCUCAAGGCUUGGGCAAUUCAUCAGCUCUUAAGUAGCCUCCUGCUUAAUGUCCUCCUGCCAAGAGACCUGGUCGCGGGGGGGGGGGGGGCAGGUGGGCCUGUGGCUCACUAGAUGUUGCUGGACUCCCAGUUCCAAUCAGCUGCAGCCCGCCAAGGCAAUCGUCAAGGGAGAUGGGAGUUCAACAAUCUCUGGAAAGUCAGAGGCUCCUCACCCCUGCUGUACAUAAGAACAUCAGAAGAGCCCGCUGGAUCAGGCCACAGGGGGCCAAUCCUGUCCAGCCUCCUGUUCACACAGCGGCCAAACAGGUGCCCAUGAUGGGAAACCCACAAGCAGGAUUUGUGUCCUGUAGGCGACAGAAGUUUCUAUAGUGCCUGCUGUGCACCUCUGACGGAAGCAGUAUACUGGGGAAGGUGGUUUAGUGUGUUCCAGUGUGACUUCUCCUUCCCAGAAUGGUUGGGUGUGCAAAUUCUGCACCGAGACCAGUUGGCUGUUGCAAUGCACAGGAGCCUUCCAUGAAUCGGCUUUUUCUGGAUAAUUUGUUCUUGGCGGGGGGGGGGGGAGAGUCUCCAAACCUAACCGCUGGACCCCCGGUUUUGCUGUCUUUACUCUGCAGCAAUACUUGUUCUGUUUAAAGGGAGAACUACUUCCCCACCCUGUCCCAAAGCUGAGGCUCCCGAUCUGGGCCUGACCCUGCAUUUCAUGCUUGGAGCACAGGAGGCUGGCGAUGCUCCAGCCCUGCUCCGAAGCUCCUUCUCCCUGCUAGUCGCUCUGCCUCCUUCCUUCUCAGAGAUGCCUCGGCGGCCCAUACAGGAAGAGACAGGUGCCACCGCGUGCACAAGGCUGCCAAGGGUGGCAUGAUGGGGCAUGCAGGCAUCGGGCCCCACCCCGGGCACCGAAAGGGGCAGGUGAGCAAGUUGAAUCACAGCGGCUUUUCACGCCACAGGCAGAGCUUAGCAGCCUCUCUUGGAGUGUUCCUAACAGGGAAAAAGUGUGACAAGCAGGGCUUCAGCUUUGGUAGGAGUGAUACCUAGUGGUUAGAGCAGGCAUGGCCAAACUUGGCUCUCCAGCUGUUUUGGGACUACAACCCUAGCUAACAGGACCAGUGGUCAGAGAUGAUGGGAAUUGUAGUUCCAAAACAGCUGGAGGGCCAAGUUUGGCCAUGCCUGGGUUAGACAAGGAGGUGUACGAAUCAGCAUGCUGGGAUUGUGGCCUGCUUUAAAGGCCCUGAAGGGGGUGAUGGGAAAUGGACCCCGGCUGCCUCCUGUUCCUUGAGCAGCAAAAGACGGAAAUCCAGCUUCCGGCUCAUACUUUCCCACCAAGAGGGCUCUUGCGCUCAGAUCUUGCUUGCGGGUUUCCCAUUGGGGCAUCUGAUUGGCCACUAUGAGAACAUGAUCCUGGACUAGAAACCGGGAUGGCUUCUGUAAAUUCAGGAAUGUCCCUGGAAAAUAGGGACACUUGGAGGGUCUGUUAAUGGGAUGGGAUGAGAAAUGUGUGCACCUUUCCGUGCUUGUUGGACUCCAGCUCCCAUCAUCCCUGACCAUUGGCAGGGGAUGAUGGGAGUUGGAGUCCAAUGACAUCACAGGCUUUCUGCUGCUGCUGUGAGUUUGCCACACCAUCCUAGCCAGCUCUGCCAGGCAAUCUCAGAAAGGAUCCAUUCCACAUUUUUUUGCUGUGAAUCAGGAACCCACUCGUACUUCAGGGAUGGGUCACCUGCAUUCUCCCAGGUCUUUAUGAACUCCCAUCAGCCUCAGACAGCAGGGCCAAUGAUGAGAUCUGUAGUCCAAUAACAUACCCCCCCAAAAAAAAACCUCCACCCCUUAGUUGCGCAACUGCAAAGACUCAGGAAAUUGUUCCGUUGUUGUUUUUUGUAAUUGAAUUACAUUGUUUUGCACCAGCUUAGCUAUAUUAUAAUCCGCUUUGUCAAGGCUGCUUGCUUUGAGAAGAUAACUAAAUAAAUAGCGUCCACACACUGAUCAAGACACCUGUCUCUUGUUUCUCAACUGUAAAAUACACAAAAUAUUUUCUGCAUGCUUAAUUCUUUGAUGGAUGGUGUCAUCCGAAAAGUCGCUUCAGAGUCGGUUGGCUUCCUUUGACUUGUGUUUAGAGAUCUCUGGCAUGGCUUCGUUGGAACUGCAGCUUGUGAUCACAACAGUGGGGCUACAUGCCAGAGUUGUUAUAAACCUCCCCCUGCCAUGCGCUUGUGCAGUUUUUGAGCUGCUGGAUACAAAAAAUGAUAUAUAUCACGACGGACCCUAGCGGGAAGGCAAGGACCACCUUAUUGCCAUUGCUACUACUGUGGGAGCUGUUUCCGGCUGAAGAGGAAGAUAAAUAGACAAAAAUAAAAAUAGGAAUAAAAGCUUUUGCUGGUGUCACUUUGGGUUGCAUAUGAACCAGACUGGUGCCUGCAGCUUAGCAUAAGCUUUGCAAGAGGAUGGCUGUACGAACUGGAGGUUUAGAAUUAACAACUAAAGCGAGUCAUCUCCUGCUUCCUGAAUCCAACUGCUUUGCUGAAUUUUGGCUAAGCGUGAAAGCUCUGCAGCUUUGUAAGGGGAAAUCAAAAUUUCAGAAUUUACAAAGCAUUUCACUUCCGAGUUGCUCAUAUAUCACUGACCUGUCCCAGCUACAGUAUUGCAGUGACUGUGCAGAGGAAGAGAUUUGGGUCCGAGAAACCAAGCGCAGGUGCUCAGAGGCUAUAAGUUGAGCAGGAAAUCAAAAGGCUCUGUGACAGUAAUAGUUUAGGGUCCCAUAAAAUGUAUACACCACUUGAUUAUUUUUUUAAAAAACCUCAAAGUGGUUUACAAAAGAGAGAAAACAAUGAAAUUGUCAAUAAGAAAAAUGAACAACAAGAAUAUAAGACUUUUAAAAAGGUAAAAUAACAAUAGACUAAAACUUGAAUCAGCUAAACAGCUGGGUGGGCUUGUCCAAAUGAAAAUGUUUUUAGAAGAUGCUGGAAAGAGUACUGUACAGAGAUAUCAAUAGGCAGGGAGUUCUGAAGUUUCGGCACUGCCACACUAACUGACUGAGUCCUUACAAAUGUGGAACAAGCAGGUAUUAUGUGGAACAGUGCCAGGGUACAUGAGGGCCGGUUUUGGAGAGAGUCUUCAUGUACUCAUCUUUUUCUUCUUUAAUUACGACCAAUGGAUACCCCAGUAAAACCAGGGGGGCCCUUCCUGUCUCUUAUUCUUCUUCCAGCCUCCCCUUUCGCCACCAAGGCCAAGCAGCUGCGCUUGCGAAGGGAUGACUUUGAGAUCCUGAAGGUGAUCGGACGAGGGGCUUUUGGCGAGGUGAGUGCCAGUGGCGGGCGCUGUCUUUGAGGGGGACAUAAAAACACCUGUCCUGCGAGGAUGGGCAUUUGGACCAGGGCUGCCCCCACUCCCCACUACAGAAUUUUGAAGGAUGAGACCACACCCUCCCCUUCCCUGUCUGAAGCUUUUGCUGGAAUAAAUUUGAUCCAGGACAAUUCUUUGCAAGUUUACGCAGGUGUAAGUCCCAUGGGCAUAUUCAUGGGCAUAUUCCUUAUGGGCGAAUACCUUGGAUACUGGCUCUUCGUUCUUUUAAAUUCAGAAAGGGCAGGUUCUGAAUUGAUCUGCAAAGGAAGGCAUCCUUUUCCCCAAAUCCCAGGCAUUAUGAGACCCUCAGCCCCGCCCCACAGGGUCUGGGGGAGGCAGAGGGAUAUUUCUGAGCCUAGAGGUCCAAUGUAAUCUUACUGGCUAUUGCCCAGCCACACUGGAAAAGAUGAACCAGAGGUUUUUGUGCCUGAAACCAGAAAGCACAAUGGUCACUUUUUAAAACAGCGUACUCAAUCAUGGACAAUCGGCUGCGCUGUAACGAUGACCCAAAGUCUGCCACCAGAGUAGGCUGGGGAGAAAAUGGGUGGUGGUCUAAGUGUUGUCGUCCCUCUCUGCACCAGGUGGCGGUUGUGAGAAUGAAACAGACAGAGGAGGUUUAUGCCAUGAAGAUUCUGCACAAAUGGGAAAUGCUGAAGAGAGCAGAGGUAUGUGCCCCCUCCCCAUCAUGAGCCAGGCCUGAGAAGCAGAAGACGUUUCUUUCAAGGCUGAUGAGUACAGAGCCUUUGGGGGGUGGGGGGGGUCCAUUUAGCACAAGGGUGGGGAGCCAGAAACGAAAAAUAAAAUGAGUUCCCAUUGGAUCUUAGCUCCUUUCUCUGCCUUUUCCUCCCUGCAGACGGCUUGUUUCCGGGAGGAGAGAGAUGUGCUGGUCCGCGGGGACAGGCAAUGGAUCACCACCUUGCACUUUGCCUUCCAGGACGAUCACUACCUGGUGAGCCUCAUCGCACAACGCAGUGCUGGGGGCUCUGAGAGAAAUGGGAAGGGGGGAGAGAUUUUUCUAUCGGAAGGCAUCAUGCCAUCUUCCUCAACUUGGUGACCUCAAGGUGUUUCGGGCUGCAAGGGUCAUUGCCCCUGAUUAAAGGCCCGGCUGGCUGGGGCUUCCCAAAACAUCUGGAGGGGUACCAGGUUGGCUAACACUGCUCUCGGGUCUUGGAAUUAUAGCAGAGGGUACCCCCAAAGGUCAUCCAGUCCAGCCCCCUGCGAUGCAAGAAUCACAACUAAACUGAAAAGUCGCUGGGAGGUGGCCAUCCAACCCUUGUUUGGUCUUCGGCAGAGAGGAGAUUUACCCCAGCCCUCCUCUCUGGUAAACUGGAGAUGGCAGAGAUUUGAACCCAGGUCCUUCCUCAUUUGCAGGCAGCAGAGAGUCAGUUGUUGUGUGAGCCCUGCUGAGCCCUACCCCCCAGCCCACUGUUCUUCUGUAAUUCACUCCUCCUUUCCGCAGUACCUAGUGAUGGAUUACUAUGCAGGAGGGGACCUCCUCACCCUCCUCAGCAAAUUUGAGGACCGCCUGCCCGAGGACAUGGCUUGCUUCUACCUGGCUGAGAUGGUCCUGGCCAUCCACUCCCUCCACCAGCUCCAAUAUGUCCACAGGUAAGUUCGCCUGCCUGGCUCUGGAACUGGCAGGGAAAUGCCCUCCUGCCUCAGUUUCCUGCCUCAGUUUCCUCACUCCCAAAAUGGGGAAGAGUGGCAUCUGGUCUCCCAAGUGGAAGCAGAAGAUAUUGGCAUGCAGGCAGAGUUUCCUCUUCUCUCCCAUUUAUCUAUGUCCGGAUUCAGAUUUUUAGAGGCCCUAAGCACUUAGAAUAUUUUGGUGGCCCCAUAUAUAUCUUUUUUUUUUUUUCUGUUACUGGCAUGAUUUUUUUUUUUAAAAAAUGAUAUUUAUUAAAGUUUCAGAUAAAAAGAGACACAUCGAUAAGAAAGAAUUUAACAAUAAAAAGAAAAAUACACAAUACAAGAUACAAAAAGAAAAAGAAAAAAGAAAAAACAGUUAAAAAUAUAUAUCUAAUUCAAAAUAUAAACAAUCAUAAAAUUUUAUUUUUUGAAAUGAAACAAAACCUGCAGUAAGGUGGAAAAUGAUGUUUAUUUUUGUGUACUUUCACUUUACUUCUAUUUGAGAUUUUUUUCCUCCUUUUUCUAAUUGCAAAAUCUUUGAUCAGAUCCUCAAACUAAUCUUACGUCACACAUCUGCUUCUAUGCUUAGUUGAGAUAAGGCAUCCAGCCUUCCUUGUUGCAUAGUUGUUUUGUUGGGACUUUUAAUAUACUUCCAACUGAGAAAACGAACACCUAGCUGAGCUAUUUGUGACUAUCAAUGUUAAAAAUCCUGCAAUGGAAAAUUUCUUCCCUCGAUGCCCUAAGCACGUGCUUAUUUUGCUUAAUGGUUAAUCCAGCCGUGGCUUUCAUCCCAGCUUGCCAGACUCCCCUUCCUCUGGAAGACAGAAGUGGGACUCUUGGGGUCCCUCUGGCCCCCAGACCCUCAAUGAGUCCCAGUUUCAGGCCCCGUCCCUUCUGGCCACUGACCCCUGGGACUCUUGCUCACCACUGUGGCUCCCCCCUCUGCAGGGACAUCAAGCCAGACAACAUCCUCAUCGACACCAACGGGCACAUUCGCCUGGCCGACUUUGGCUCCUGCCUGCGCCUGCAUUCAGAUGGCAUGGUGAGUGUCGUGGGGGGGGGGGGCUGAGAAUCGCUAGGACUGACUCUGACCCUGACCCUCCUGCUUGGGUGCAACCUGUGGUGAAUGGUCCUUGAGGUGUGGUGACCCUCAGACCCCCGAUCUAGAGGAGGUUCAUUUCUUUACUUCCCAGCUUGUUCUCCAAGGAGCUCAAGGUGGGGCACACCAUUCUCCUCAUUUAAUCUUCACAACAACAUCCCUGUGAGGUAGGUUAGACAGAGAUGCAGGGACUGAGGUCAAGGUCACCCCAGUGAGCUUCAUGGCUGAGUGAGGGGAUUCAAACCGUGGUCUCUCCCAGGUCCUAGUCCAGGGGGCAGCAAACAUUUUCAGCAGGGGGCCGGUCCACUGUCCCUCAGACCUUGUGGGGGGCCAGACUAUAUUUUUUGGGGGGGAAAUGAAUGGAUUCCUAUGCUCCACAAAUAACCCAGAGAUGCAUUUUAAAUAAAAGCACACAUUCUACUCAUGUAAAAACACCAGGCAGGCCCCAAAAAUAACCCAGAGGUGCAUUUUAAAUAAAAGGACACAUUCUACUCAUGUAAAAACAUGCUGAUUCCCGGACCGUCCGCGGGCCGGAUUUAGAGGGCGAUUGGGCUGGAUCCGGCCCCUGGGCCUUAGUUUGCCUACCCAUGUCCUAGUCCGACCCUGCAACCAAUACAUCGCAUUGCCCAUCAGGGAACGAUGCAGCUGAGCUGGAGUCCAGAUUCUCUCCCUUCUCUGCCCCCUCAACCCCCAGGUGGAGUCUUCUGUGGCUGUGGGGACCCCCGAUUACAUCUCCCCAGAGAUCCUGCAGGCCAUGGAGGACAGGAAAGGGAAAUACGGCCCCGAGUGCGACUGGUGGUCCCUUGGGGUCUGCAUGUACGAGCUGCUUUUCGGGGAGACCCCGUUCUAUGCCGAGUCCUUGGUCGAGACCUACGGCAAGAUCAUGAACCACGAGGUGAGUGGGGCAGAGCAAGGUCAGGAUGGGAUUGGGGGAGGCAGCUGUGGGGCAGCGGAGCAAACAGGAGAGUUGGUGUUGGGCCUGUUUUCCUAAUGCCUUCUGUGUGUGAUCUUUGGAUACGGCUGGGGAGGGAGGAGGAGGGUUGAUCCCACCGCUGGGUGGGCCGGAGGGGCAGCCGAGGUGAAAUGCCACUUUGGUUCAGGGGCGCCAUCAGGUGGGGGGAGGACUAUAGGACAGAGACCUGCGGUUUUACUUAGCAGAAUUGGCUGGACAGCCCCAAACCACAGGCAGGUGGGUUUAUGAGGUUUAGAAGGAAGCAAAUUUAUUUACUUACUUACUUACUUACUUACUUACUUACUUACCAACCACCCUUACCCCUCACCCACCGUGAAGCUCAAAAGUGUGGCGCAUGUGGUUCUCCUCCUCCUCAUUUAACCCCCCAACAACAACAACCCUGCGAGGUAGAUUAGGCCGAGAGGCAGUGACUGAGCUCUGGCGCAUCCCCGGUGAGCUUCAUGGUGGCAAGAGUAGGAAUUUGGGCCCUGGUGUCUCUCCCAGGUCUUAGUCUGACCCUCUAAACCAGCCUUUCUCAACCUGUGGGUCCCCAGAUGUUGUUGAACUACAACUCCCAUCACCCCUUGUUAGCAAGGCCAGAGCUCAGGGAUGAUGGGAGUUGUAGUCCAACAUCUGGGGACCCACAGGUUGAGAACCACUGCGACACUCAGCCACAUGGUCUCCCUGUUUUAUUUUUACAUUUCUAUCCCUUAUUUCCUCUGAGGAGCUCAAGAUGGUAUACAUAGUUCUCCUCUGUCCCAUUUAAUCCCCACAACAACAACAACAACAACAACAACAACAACAACAACCUUAUAAGGUAGGCUAGGGUUGAGAGGCAGUGACUGGCCCCAGGGGCACACCUAGUGAGCCUCAUGGCUGAGUGGGGAUUCAAACCAGGGCCUAGGCCAACACUCAAACCGCUACACCACAUGUUAUUGCUGUCUCAAGACUGGGGGAGGGGGUGCAAGACCAAAAGAUCUGGGAUGGAAAAUGACUCCCUUUCCCCCGUUUCCCUCCUCUGGCUCAAUCUUUGCUUUUGCUCCUGAGGGAACACAUUCUUUGGUGCCAGGUGGAAAUUCUAAAUAGAUAUUCCUCUCCUUUUAUUAAGUUUGUAUGCUGUCCUUUCUCCCAAAGGAGCAUAGGGAAGUCAACAUCAAAAUGUUAAAAGGAUACAAUUCAGAAUACAGUGGUACCUCAGGUUAAGAACUUAAUUCGUUCCGGAGGUACAUUCUUAACCUGAAACUGUUCUUAACCUGAAGCACCACUUUAGCUAAUGGGGCCUCCCGCUGCCACGCCGCCGGAGCACGAUUUCUGUUCCCAUCCUGAAGCAAAGUUCUUAACCCAAGGUACUAUUUCUGGGUUAGCGGAGUCUGUAACCUGAAGCGUCUGUAACCUGAAGCGUAUGUAACCUGAGGUACCACUGUAAAACAAAACUCUUAAUCUCAGGGUUAUGGGUUCGAGGCCCAUGUUGGACAAAAGAUUCCUGCAUUAUAGGGGUAGGACUAGAUGACCCUCAUGCCCCCUUCCAACUCUAUGAUUCUCUGAAAAACCUAUUUCAAACAUUCAAAAACACUGGAUAAAGACAUAAGAAGAGCCCUGAAGGAUCAGGACAGUGGCCCACCUAGUUCAGUAUGCAGAUUUUUUUUCAGUUCCCAGCAACCUCUACCUCAGGGCAUGUUGAUAUGCCCUCCUUGCCCCCACACAAGCAUAGAAGAUGCCUGUUACCUGCUAUGCCCCCUGAUUCCCCCUUGGCAUCUCUCACACUCAGGACCACCUGCAGUUUCCGACGGACAUCACCGACGUCUCGGAGAGUGCCAAGGACCUCAUCCGAGGGCUGCUGUGCCGGCAGGAGCUGCGCCUGGGCCAGAAGGGCAUUGAGGAUUUCAAGCGCCACCCCUUCUUCAAAGGCAUCGACUGGGACAACAUCCGCAAAAGCCCCCCGCCCUACUUGCCCGAGGUGGCCAGCCCGGCCGACACGUCCAACUUCGACGUCGACGAUGACAUGAUCAAGGAGUCGGUAUGGGAGGAGCUUCUCUCACUUUCAGGGCUGUUCUAAUAAAGACGUUAUACGUAGGGCUGCCUCUGAAGACGGUUUGAAAACUUCAGCUGGUGCAGAAUUUGACAGCCAGGUUGCUCACCCGGGGAAAGACUCUCUGAGCAUAUAACACCAAUCCUGGCCCAACUGCACUGGUCACCUGUUAGUUUCCGGGCCCAAUUCAACGUUGUUGGUUUUUCCUAUAAAGUCCUCUGUGGUUUAGGACACCAAUACCUCAAGGACCACCUCUCCACAUAGAAACUGACCCAGACCCUGCAAUCAUCAUCUGAGGCCCUUCUUCAUGUGCCCCCUCCACCAGAGGUCCAGAGGGAGGCAACACGAGAAGAGGGUCUUUUCAGUGGUGGCUUCUUAUUCAUGGAAUGCUCUCCCAGGGAGGUUCCUCUGACGCCAUCAUUGCAUAUCUUUAGGUGCCAGGCAUUCCUCUUCAAGCAGGACUUUGGCUGUCAAUGGUCUAUAUCUUUUUAAAGUGUGUUGGUUUUAAUAUUUUCCCUGCACUUGUUGUUUUGUUUUUGGAAAAACGCCUGUGGCGAGAGGAGGCAUAUUAAGAAUAAUAAUAAUAAUAAUAAUAAUAAUGGCAAUGUGCAAGGGUGCAUGCUGAUCAUUUCGCAGCCAUAACAGUGCCACCUAUUCGGGGAAAUCCCAAGGUUUGCAGAAGUAUUGUUGUCGGGGGUGGGUGCCCCUUGAAGUUCCUUCUAACCCUGCGAUUCUAUGAUUCUGUCAAUUUUUCCCUUCCUUCCUAGGAGACACUUCCGCCUGUAUCCCACGCUGCUUUCUCUGGCCACCACCUGCCUUUUGUGGGAUUUACCUUCACUUCUGGGAGGUAUGUGGAGUCUCCAUUUUAUUCUCACACAUUUCAGUAUAUGCGGUGGGAUUUGGGGUGAGGUGGGUGGGUGGGAUCUGACACAGAAAGUGGCUUGAGGUCCCCUUUUGUAGCUGAGAGAAGAUUUGAACCCUGGAUUUGACCAUCCCCAGCUCAGCCUUCUAACUGCUCCUCCUCAAUCUCAGCUCUGGCAGAUGUGAAGCCUUGCCAAUUUGUUUCACUCACCCUCGUUGGUUGUUUGCCCGAGGCUUGCCAUGUUCAUGCAAAUGUAUGCAAAACAGACAAGGGCCCUGACCCUGUAAUCUCCUCUCGUUCCUGCAGCCUCCUCUCUGAGAGGCACCCAGCCUCCCCCUCCAGCACUGCCCGCCUAGAGAAGAGAAUCCGCCACCUGGAACGGGAGAAAAUGGAGCUGGCCCGGAAACUGCAAGGUACUUAUUUGUCACAUGCCACAUCCAUCUAUCUAUCAUCUAUCUUUCUAUCUAUCUAUCUAUCUAUCUAUCUAUCUAUCUAUCUGUCACAUUUCUGGGAGUUGUAGUUUGGUAAGGGUGCUGAGAGUCGGUAGGAGACUGCUCAUUCCCCUCCCGGAGCCACAAUUCCCAGAGGGGUUUAACAACCAAUCCCUCACCCCAGGGAACUCUGGGAAUUGUAGCUCUGUGAGGGGAAUGGCGAGGUUUCCUCACAACUCCCAGCACCCUAAAAAACCACAGCUCCUAGACUUCUUUGGGGAGGGGGGAACCAUGGCUGUGUAGAGUGGUACUCAUGUGCCUUAAGCAUACUGCUUGGGGGUCUAAAUUUCAAGUCUAGUUUGGCCCUGAAUAAUGCCUUCAAAAUAACCGUCGGGAAGGACCUGUCUCUCACUGACAGUGAACCCCACAAUGGCUCUAAAAGCCAUUAGCCAUGCCUCCUGGGGUUGUUGGGAGCUGCAGUCCUGCCACAUCUGGAGGGCCAGAGGUCCCCCUUUCCUGCUCUGUGGGGUUCAGAGGCUUGUGGGGAGGGACCUAUCCUGCUCACGGGCUUCCCUUCGGAGCAUCUGGGGGCUGGGCUAGGCAGACCAUGGAGCUCCUAUUGUGUUUUUUUGCCCUUAUGUCACCCCUGUGCAGAUUCUCUGGCAAAAUCCCCUUCCAAGACUCUGGCCAAGGACUCUGAGUUCAGGAGCCUCCAGAACGAGAUGGCGGCUUUGCAGAAGCAGUUGGCAGGUACCUGGGCGCUGGUGGGGCUUCGGGAGAGGCAAGGCCUUCUCCUCCUAUUCCUCCCUGAGCUCUUAAGCCAGAGGGAAAUGACCCUCUCAGGUGCAGAAUUAUUAUUUUUACUACUACUACUAUUAUUAUUAUUAUUAAUUGCUGCAUCCAACUGGGUUGCUGCAGCCACUCUGGGCAGCUUCCAACAUGAUAAAAACACAGCAAAACAUCAAACAAUAAAAACUUCCCAAUACAGGGCUGCCUUCAGAUGUCUUUGGGAAGACAUUUGCCCUGUUUGGUAGGAUCGCAGAAUUGUAGCGUUGGAUGGGAACCCGGGGGUCAACUAGUCCAACCCCCUGCAAUGCAGGAACCACAGCUAACGGAUCCCUGACGCUGUGGAGGAGAUGGGCUCAGAAAGUCACUGGUGCCGGCAGCUGGAAGGGAAGGGGGAUCUCUAGAUUGCAUCUGGGGCUCAUGGACCUUCCCUUCCAGAGAAUCGGUUGGAGAGCGACAAGGUUCAAAGGCAGCAGCUUGACCGGGUGGAAUCGAGACAGGUGAAGACCCUGGAGGAACGUGUGAGGAUUCUGGAGGAGGAGAAGAAUGAAGCACUACAGGUACCGUAUCCCACCUGGGCCCACUGCAGGGGACUUGGACCAUCCCAUCAUAGUGGAACGGUAGUUUCUGGCCAAGGAAAAGCAUUGUCUGCUCUGCCAAAGAGAGCCCAGGAGCUCCCAGCCUUCAGAUUCUGCAAGGGGGGACAGUCACUCCCUCUAAUAAGGUCCUCAAGUGGGGUGUGGAGCCAAAAUGGAGGACAAGGGGAAACUAUCAGCAUCCUCCGGGGAGCCCCAAUGUUUGUUGAGGAGAACCAAGCAUGUGAAGAAACACUGGGGACACCCAGAAGAGCUCAAAAAGGACUGAGUGUUCUUGAUGGGAUGUCAGAAGAAUAGAAAAUGGAUUGGGGAGUCAAAAGGAAGGAAUGGGUGGUCGGCCGGCCUGUCGAACAGGAACCAUUCCCCUUAGCGGGCAAGGGUAUUCUGCAACAUUUUGUUGCUGGUUUCACUUCUUACAAAACAUCCCUCCGUCCUGAAUCUUCACCUGGAGAGGUGCAAUUUACAUUGUUCCCAUUUUUGUAGCUGGCAAAUUGAGGCUCAUUUGCAUGUUCACUAAAACGGUUUAGUAGGGUUUCAUGGCAAACGCUGUAGCCAUGGGAGGAGAAUGAGGGGAUUCCGCAUCAUAAGCAAUAGUUUUUUGGGGGGGAUCUUUAAAAUGAGGACUAGAAACAGUCCCCUUUUUUGCGUUACACAAAGCGUGUUCAUUUUCGAGCUUCUGAACAUUUUGAAGAAACUGGCUGAUUAUGUUCCAGUAAGCUAGAGACCCAGAUGCAGCCCCCUUCUGAAGGGAAGGCUCUCUCUCUUGGAGGCUUGAGGAUAUGGGUCCAACUUCUACAGUGCCUUUAUUUUAUUUAUAUAUUUCCUUUAUAUAACCCACCUUUUCUGCAAGAGGCUUAGCUGGUGCCCAUGAUUCUUUCCCUCCUCAUUUAAUCCUCACGACACCCCUGUGAGGUAGGUCAGGCUGAGAGGCAGUGACUGGCCACCAAGGACACCCCCAGCAAACUUCACGAUGGCUGGGUGGAGAUUCGAACCCUGGUCACUCCCAGGUCCUGGUCCAACACUAACCAGUACACCACCACUGUCUCUUUUUUGGGGGGGUCAGGAUCUGGCCAAGGCCCAGGAGCAGCUCCAAGCUCAGGCCUGGGAGCUGCAAGAAGAACAGCUGCAGCACAGGGAGACCUCUGAGGAGCUGCAGAGUGCUGAGGCCAAGUGCGGGGAACUGCGAGCCCAGCUGCUGAGACACUCCCGGCAGCUGCGGGAGCGGCAGGAGGAGACGGAGGCAGCCUCGCGGAGGGUGGAGGGGCUGCGCAAGGAGCUGGCUCGCUCGGAGAGCGGGCGCAAAGAGGUACCCCCACACUUUAUUUCGUCGUUCGUUCCUUGCAUUUGUAUUCCUCCUUUCCUCCCCAAGGAGCACCAGGUAGCGUACGCAAUUCUCCCCCUCCUUGAAUAAUCUCCACCGCAACCCUGCGAGGUAGGUUAGGCCGAUGGGAGUUGAAGUCCAAAAUACCUGGGAGAACACCAUUUGUGAUUCUUAGAUCCUGCAUUUAUUUUUAUUUUUGGGCCUGAUCCAGCAGCUAGGUUCUUCUUACGGAUAGCUCAGUUGGUUAUAGUGUGGUGAUUGCAGCGCCAAGGUUGCAAGUUCGAUCCCUUUAUUUAUUAUUAUUAUUAUUAUUUAUUGUUUAUUCAUUCAUUCAUUCAUUCAUUCAUUCCUCAGUCACUCUGGGCAGCUCCCAGCAGAAUUAAUAAUAAUAAUAGUAGUAGUAGUAGUAAUAAUGUGAUAAAACAUCAGACAUUAAAAACUUCCCUGAACAAGGCUGCCUUCAGAUGUCUUCUAAAAGUCAGAUAGUUGUUUAUUUCCUUGACAUCUGAUGGGAGGGCGUUCCACAGGGUGGGCGCCACUACCGAGAAGGCCCUUUGCCUGGUUCCCUGUAACCUCACUAUGAUUCUUUAGGGCCAUUUCCAUAGAUGCUAGAUGUUCUUAGGACAUAUAUCGCACGGAUGCAUGAAGGAAACUCUGAAGGAAGCCACUUCCUGGGCCUCUGUAGCCUCAGAAGCUGCUUGGGGAUGGGGAGAAGGGCAGUAAAGACCCCAAAAAUCUGGGGGCCCCAGACCUUCUUCCCCCACCACAGUCAGGUGGCAACUACAGUCAAGUGCUUCUUCCCCUCUGCAGCUGGAGGCUCGGAUUGAGGGUCUCAUGAACGAAGUCUCCAAGCAGCGGAAGGGGAGAGAGAGGGCCGAGCAGCAGCUGAGGAGGCUGAAGGAGGAGCAGGAGGAGCUGAGGGUAAAUACAGCUUGGCAAAGUGGGGGAAGUGGGGAGGGAGAUGCCUCACUGUAAAGAGGGUCAUCAUGCCAGGGGGGCAUGGCAAAAGGCAGAGGGAUGGGUCCGUUCCUGGCUUGUGCCAGUUUUGCAUGUAGGGGCAGAAGACGCCCAGUAUUGUCAACACUGACUGGCAGCAGCAGCUCUGCAGGGUUUGGGGCAGAGGACAUUCCCAGCCCUCUCUGCAAACCCCAGAGGUGGAUGAACCUGAGGCCUUCUGCAUGCAAGGCAGAUGCUUUGCCCCUGAAAUCUUUUUUUUUAUAAUUUUUUUUUAUUAAAGUUUUAAACAACAAAAAAAGAAAAACAACACACACAAAAAACAAUAAAAAACUUAACAAUAUAAACACAAAACAAUUAAAAACAAACUCUCUUUUCCAUUUCCAAUUUUAAGUUACUUAUUUUCUGGACUUCCUCAUACCUCCCUCUUUUGUAUUCCAAUCCACAUUAUUUGUCCAGCAGUUUCUUUUCCACUUUUUUAAUCCCAAUCUUUAAUUUAAUAAAAUGUUAAAAUAUAUAACUUCAACUUUUUUAAGCCUAAUCCUUGAUCUUAAUAUCAUAUAGCUUUAAAGUUUCCCUUUUAAAAUCAAAUUUCCAUUUCUUUAAACUUCUUUAAUCUUAAUCUUUAAUCUUAAUCUAUCUUGAUCUAUCCUUAACUUUAACCUGUGCAGCUGGAAACCACUUAUUUUCAGUCCAACAUCACUCUAACAUUCCUUAAUUUUGCAGUGUUUCUGAAGAUAGUCUUUGAAUUUCUUCCAGUCUUCCUCCAUCGACUCUUCUCCCUGGUCACGGAUUCUACCAGUCAUUUCCGCCAAUUCCAUAUAGUCCAUAAAUUUCAUCUGCCAUUCCUCCAGCGUGGGAAGUUCUUGUGUCUUCCAAUACUUUGCAAUGAGUAUUCUUGCUGCUGUUGUUGCAUACGCUUUGCCCCUGAAAUCUGAUGGCCCUUUCCACGUCUUUAUUCCAUCUCAUUUUCACUCUGUCCUGUCUUGUUUCCAAUGCACUGCAAAUUCCCACCCACCUCCAAAUCACCAAAAUUCAAGCUUUGGGAAUAUGCAUUUCAACCUAAAGGGUGCAUUUUUGAACACAUUCUAUGCAACAACAACAACAACAAAGUGCAUUGGCAUAUGCGUUUUGGUAUUUUUUUUGAGCCAAGAACUGUGCUGCAAAAUUUGGAGAAGUGCAAAAAAAACAACCCAGAAGGCUACCUGCAUAUCUCUGCAUUCCUCUGGGGAGAUCCAGGUAGGUUUGCAUCUGCCCUCCUCUCCGAAUGACUUUGCUGCCCCCUGCAGGUGAAACAGAACGCGUCCUUCUUCCUGGCCUCUGGCUCCAGGAGAUCAGGAAGUGUUUCCUAUACCACAAAGGAGGAGGUGAAAGGCCUGCGGGAGGCACUGCAGACCAGGGAAAGGCAGCAGGAGGCCUUCCGAGCUGAGAUUGCCCAACUCCAGGAGCAGCUGGAGAAAGCCAAGGCUGAACGGUGAGGAGAGGGAGGGAUCUGCUUGGAAGUGGGGUGGCGAAAGGAAAAUGGAGUUGGUCAGAACAAAGAAAUAGGAAAACUAGAAUGGCAUUUAUUUUGUUAGGCCACAGGCCGCAGCAGAAUAAAACAGCAAAACAUAACCCAAUAUAAACUUCCAGAAGGCUGCAGAAAUCACACUUGAAAUCAGAACAUUCCUGCAUUGUGGGGGUUGGAGUAGAUGGCCUUUAGGGACCCCUUCCAACUCUGCAACUCUGAUUCUCUGAACAUAAAGAUUAAUGCAUAAAAGAUAUACAUGCCUUCUAACACUAUGGUUCUGUGUCCCUGAAAUAAACAAAGCUUUGCUUUAAAAACAAAUAAACAUUACUAAGAGGAAGAGAAGAUAAAAAUCUGAGAGGUGGCAUCAGUAGAUUUUGUCGGGAUGCAGUCGUACUCUUGUGCCUUUUUACCACAAUGCCAUCUUCACCGGCCAAAAAGCAUGAUCCUGGCGUUUCCAUUCUCUGCAAAUGGCGUACGGGGAACAGGUGAUCCAGUGGUAAAUGAGAACUAUGGGCUGGGUCCAGGCUAAGCAUUUAGUUCCCGUGGGAACAAGUGGGGCAGCUUAAGUCGGCCUUCCCGAACCGGGUGCUCUCCAGAUAUUUCGGACUACCACUUCCAUCAGCCCCAUCUGAAUGAUGGGAGUGGUAGUCCAAAACAGCCUUGCUGGCUGGGGUGGAUGGGAGUUGUAGUCCAAACAUGCAGGGGCAGCGCUGGGCUAGGGAAAUCUGGAUGCAACCCAAAGAGACCACAUUCUUAGGUUCACUCCCCAGCUCUGAGUUUGGAAAAGCUGACUCCCCAUCUCUCCUCUCUCUCUCUCUCUCUCUCUCUCUCUCUCUCUCUCUCUCUCUCUCUCUCUCUUUCUCUCUCUCUCUCCUCUCUCAAUCCCUCUGAUUGCCUUUCCUUCCUAGAUGGGGAAAUCUGGAUCCAAAGGACUGGCACAAAGAACCACACAGUUUGCUGCCCAGGGAAGGUGUCAGUGCCCUGCAUUUUGGAGACCAGGUAUGCAUACAUUUACCUGUGACUCUUGGCGUUGUGCCCAGGGAUGCAGCCUGUAGAUUGUGGUUCCUGCAGGCUGCUUCUCCAGAGCCACACACUUCUCAGGUGCGAUCCCAAAAAGUCAGGAAGUCCCCAGUCAUCGCUUAAUAUAACGCUGAAAGCAUGGAGUCUUCCAAGUCCUUGAUUCUGUGCUUUUAAAUACUUGUCACCUGGAUAUGAGAUCUCCAAGAUACCCAAACACGGUCAUAUAAGCCUCUUUCUUUAUCUCUUUCUUUUUUACUGCAAAGUUCUCUGCAGGCUUAUUCCUGCAGAAGUCACCCAACCCCACCUGGCAGAGGGAGGAGGGAAGCUUGUCUUCUUCACAUCUGUCUUUGCUUUUUUCCUUUCCUGCAACAGGUGGAUUCACUCGGCACCGACAGCCCCCAACAGGAUCAAGAACAGUGCUCUUCAGAGACCCACAAGUUAGCCUUUGCCAACUGGGAGAUGCAGAUCACGGACAUCUUGCGGUGGUGAGUUGCCAGCUGUGCACCUUCUCUGUGUAAGGCCUGUCGCACGGAGCAGUGAUGAAGAAGACAGGGGUGCACCUGAGCAUAAGCAGAGUGGGUGUCCCCCCCCCCCAGUCUCUGGUGAUUCACCACAGCCUGCUCCCAGAUUCAAUGGGGAAGGCAUAUCUUUCAGGCUUGAGCUGCAACACCUUUGUUUUGGCAAAUUUAACCACUGCUUGUCCGCAGUAGAGGCAGGGCAUAACCAGUAGCCCAGGCAUAGGCCAACUCGGUCCUCCAGAUGUUUUGGGACUACAAGUCCCAUCAUCCCUGAACACUGGUCCUGUUAGCUAGGGAUGAUGGGAGUUGUAGUUCCAAAACAUCUGGAGGGCCGAGUUGGCCUAUGCCUGCAGUUGCCACUGAUAGCCAUGCCCUCCAUGAAGUGGUCUAACCCUCUUUUAAAGCCACCUAAUUUGCUGGCUGUCACUGUGUCUUGUGGGAGGGAGUUCCAUAGUUUAACUCUGUGCUGCAUGAAGAAGGGCUUUUUUUAGUCUUAUUAAAAAAAGACUGAAUGAGAUAAGUGCUGGAGAUGCAAAGAAGUGAAGGGAAUGUUGUUUCAUAUGUGGUAGACCCAUAAAAGGGUAAAAGAGUAUUGGGAAAUGAUCCAUAAUAAAUUGGAAAAAAAUGAUUUAAAGUACUUUCCCCCAAAAAUCAAGAGUCCUUUCUGUUGGGGAUAAUUCAGACUGAAAUUCCCAGGUGUCAAAAAAGGUUAUUUAUGUAUGCUACUACUGCAGCCCGUGUUUUGUUAGCCCCAAAAUGGAAAACAAGCGAGGUCCCAACCAAAGAAGAGUGGCAACUUAAGUUGACAGAAUAGUUGACACAGCUUGUAGACUUAACAUAUAAAAUAAGAGAACAAGAAGAACAUACGUUUAGAGAAGAUUGGAAAACAUUUAUUUGAAUAUAUGGGAAAUAAUUGGGUACAGCUGAAAACACUGGCAGCAUUAAGAUAAAUUCAACAGUGUAAAUAAGCUUUAAUGGGUGCAAUAAUGAAAUACUGAAUGGUAUCGUUUUUGUAAAAUAUGCAGGGAUUUAUGAUCUGUAAAAUGAACCAUGCAAAGAGAAGGGAGGCCAAUUAUAAUAAUAAUAAUUUAUUAUUUGUACCCCGCCCAUCUGGCUGGAUUUCCCCAGCCACUCUGGGCAGGUUCCACAAAGACCAAAAAUACACUAAGAUGUCACACAUUAAAAACUUCCCUGAACAGGGCUGUCUUAAGAUGUCUUCUGAAUAUUAUGUAGUUGUUUAUCUCUUUGACACCUGAUGGGAGGGCGUUCCACAGGGUGGGCACCACUACCGAGAAGGCCCUCUGCCUGGUUCCCUGUAGCUUUGCUUCUCGCAAUGAGGGAACCGCCAGAAGGCCCUCGGCACUGGAUCUCAGCGUCCAGGCAGAACGAUGGGGGUGGAGACGCUCCUUCAGGUAUACUGGGCCGAGGCCGUUUAGGGCUUUAAAGGUCAACACCAGCACUUUGAAUUGUGCUCGGAAACGUACUGGGAGCCAAUGCAGGUCUUUCAAGACCGGUGUUAUGUGGUCUCGGCGGCCACCCCCAGUCACCAGUCUAGCUGCCACAUUCUGGAUUAGUUGUAGUUUCUGGGUCACCUUCAAAGGUAGCCCUUAAAUAUGUAAAAAUGAGUAUUUUAAAUUGUAAAACAGAAAAUUUAAUAAAAAUUAUAUACAAUCAUUUUUUUUAUCUGUCUUGAACUCUGUGUGCCUCUUUGCCCGCAUCUCAGGGUGAGUGACGAGAAGGAGUCAAGGGGCUACCUCCAGGCCAUGGCGACCCACAUGAUGGAGGAAGUGGAAGCACUGAAGCAGAUGGGGGCACAGAGCCCCAAAACUCCGGUAAGAGAGCCUGUCUUGGAGCCGUGGACGCCUUGAGGAACUGGGGAGGGGGGCUCUUUCCCCCUCUGCAUGUCUCCCCCUUUGCAACCCACAUUCUGGUUGCCCCAGUGAGAAGAAGCCCUUGCCCCCAGAGGCUCAGGAUGCCUGGUAGCGAUAGGGGGCCUCUUCCCCCUUCCCCCACAUCCCAACAGCUGCAACAGUCCCAGGACCUCUGCUGACAUUUCCCCCUGCUGCCUCCUGCUCCAGGACACCCUCUGGAAGGCGCGGCGGCUGCAGAAAGUGGAGGCUUCUGCCAAGUUGGAGCUGCAGUCGGCCCUGGAAGCUGAGAUCCGGGCCAAGGGAGGCGUGCAGGAGGAGCUGGAUAAGCUGAAGGUCUCGCACCUGGCGGUUGAGCGGUGAGCAGGUGGCAGUGAUGGCGGCAGCAGGUGGUUCGCAGGCAAGAGUAGGGUUGCAUCCUGCACCAUAAGGUUUAAGGGUUCAAAGCUGUGUCAGGGACCGGCAGGAUGGGAGGCACCAGCUGGGGAACCCCCAAGGGAAACCCCAGAGGAGGAAAAGUCAGAAUCAGGGGAUUGGUGGUGGGACACCGAGGAGAGGCCAGAGGGAGAAGAUUGGGAGCAGGGGCUGGGUGCCAAAGGGGCAACAGGCUUUAGUGAGCAGGAAGCAGCUCAGGUGACAGGGAGCAGCUCAGACUCCGAGGCUGAAGCAGAGGAUGGGGGAGUCAAGAGGCUGCUCAAGAAUCUGGGGAGUCUCCCUCUUACUGCAACAAGCUCUCCCCUACCCUCUUCUCUGAAAACUCACAGAGCAGAACAGAGGUGUGCAGACGCAGUUUGAGACUGCUUGGGAAACAUCUGGGAGAGGAGGAGCCUUAGGAAGGGUGGAAGGCAGGGACAUUCAGUCCUGGCGGCUGUUCCAUAGGGGCAAGAACUACAGGAAAAAUUGCUGGAUUGAAUGCCGUUUCCUUGAAUAAAGAGUUAACUUCACUGACAGCCUUACGUCUUUCAAAAUGACCCGUGUCUGACUCCAGCCCUGAUGACCUGAGACCAGAUUCUGGGGUGAUGUCCCCAGAAAGUGUCUAUGCAUUAAUUUGCAGAGAUGGAGGUUAAUUGGGAGAGGAGGAGCCACAGUGGAAGAGGGCAGACUCCCUCCCCAAGAGUCUGUGCAAUGAUUUGCGGAGAUGGGGGUUAAUUGGGAUAGGCGCCUUUGACGCGAAGGGAGAGGCCUAGGGAAGCUAGAAAUUCUGCAUCCCACGUUUUUACAAAGGCAAGAUAGAGUUUGGGGGCGCUUUGUGAUUCCUCCUCCUACCAGCUGGCCAAGAAAGAGCCCUUGAUGGGUCCAUGGCACAACCCCAUCUCCUCUAAAUGUUAUACCUGGAGUGAAGGGAAGCCCCUCUUACUGGAGGCUGAAUUUCCUUAUAUGCCAUAAAGUCAUAUUUAUCUUUUCCUCUAUCUGUGUCCCAAAGCCAGUUGCAGGAGGCAGAGAAGCAGAACCGGGCUCUGCGCCUGGAGCUGGAGAAGGCCAAGGGAGAGCUGAAAGGACGGUCCCAGGAAGGUGAGCUUCAGGCUGGGUUGUGGAUGGCGACAGCCCCACCACAGCCCCCACAAUGGCAUAUCCCAACAGUGGGGCAAGAGGUGGGCCUUUGCAGAAUGUAGGGGGCCGGUCUCUCCAUUGCUCAGGCCCGAGGGUGCUGUAGUCGUGAGGAUGCUGGACUAAAACCUGGGAGAGACCUGGGUUCAAAUCCCCCUGCUCAACCACAAAUCUCCCUGGGCGAGCUCACUCACUGCCUCUUAGCAUAACCUACCUCACAGGGUUGUUGUUUGGGGGAUUAAAUGAGGUCUAGGCCUCCAAGAGCUUCUAAACAAGGGGGAAGUUUUCAGAAGGAGGGGACAGGGCAGUGAGCACGCCAUGUUUGCAUUCAGUCUGUAGGGUUAGGUGUCUUGUGUUGUACUGUAAAAUACCCACAAACCCUGGGGGAUUCUAUGGGGAAAGGGCUUAGCUCAGCAGCAAAGCACCUGCUUGGCAUUCAAAGGUCCCAGGGUCAAUCCCCAACAUCUCCAGGUAGAUCUGGGAGAUGCUGCUGCCACUUUGUGCAGACAACACUGGGCUAGAUGGAGCCAUGUUUCUGUUCAAACCAGGCCUUUAUUCAGAUCCAUGAGAGCUGGGACCUGGCUUCCCUUUUAGGGGAACACCCUUGCUCGGAGGGGGGUAGAGCAUCUUCCUUGCCUGCAAGAAGCCGCAGGUUCAGUCUCCACCAUCUCCUAGCCUGAGACCCUGGAGAGCCGCUGCUGCCAGUCAGUGUAGACAGUAUUGAGCUAGAUGGACUCAGGUUCCUGUGCCAGCCAGUGACAACUGUGGUUAAGAACAGGGCCCAUUCUCAGAGUGUGUCCUUUCUCUUCUCUCCUGACAGGCACCAAACACCAAGGACCUCUGAUUCCAUUCCUCUCCUUCCGAAGUGCCAGCGUAAGUCUUUUUGUGAAACAAAUAUAGUCUUCUGUAUAAAAGGUGACUCUCAGUUUAUGCAGGGGAUAAACGUUCUGGGGAUCGCUCAUAAAGCCCAAACCACAAAUUCUCAGUGGAAGGGUUUCAUUAAAUAAUAUGUUUGAAUGUUGAAUGUCUACGUCUAGAGACGAUGGAUAAAGCAAACACCAUUAAAUGCACUGCUGGCUAAGUGUUUAAUGGUUUUUGCAUUUGUGGUUUUAAAAAAACCAAUAAAUGGCAGGUGGGAUUGCCAAAGUCUUUUUUCUCCAGACACCCGCUCCCUUUCCACCCCCUUUUUUAUUUUUAAAAAAUGCGCACAAGUUUAAUACACAUAUGUUGUGAGCUAUACUUGUAUCUGAUGUCAGUUGGAGAAACCAAGAGGCAGGAUCUCUGGGCUCAGAAGAAAAGUGGAAUUCGAAUUGUACUCCUUCAUAAGAAGGCAGGAAGAGCCUGCCUGCUGGAUCAGUCCAAGAGGUCUGUAUCCUGCAGCAUCCUGUUCUCACAGUGGCCAGCCAGAUAUACAUAGAUGCCUGUCGGAAACCCGCAAGCAGGAUUCAAGCACAAGAGAAACUCUCCCCACUUGUGAUUCCCAGCAAUUGGUCAUGCUGAAGCUUUUGAUGCCUCUGACCGUGGUGGCAAAGUAUAGCCGUUGUGCUUAGUAGCCAUGGAUGGUCUUACAUUCCAUAAAGAGGAGCUGGUUUUCCACUGUGAGAACAAGAUGGAACGUUGGCCGGGCCCAGCAGAGCUGCUCUUAUGUCCUUAGGGCUUCUGGGGAGGUUUGUGUGUUAGCAAAAAUCUGAAUUGUGUCCAGUUAAACGCUCUGCUACCUGUGUCACCCUCUUUGCCAGAAGGAUGCUAUCGUUUUUGGGGGUGCCCCAGAUUCCCAGGAGGCUCGGAAGGCCACCGAAGAGGUCCAGCUGCACCCCGAAGGGCGGAGGAGCCUGCGGUCCAGCGUGAGUAGCCCUUUUGGCCAUCCCAAAACAGGCCAGCUCUGGAGUGGCGAGGCUGUCAUUUUCCUCUUGGGUGGCUUUAAGAAAUGAUUAGACAAAUUCAUGAAGGAGUCGGUGGCCAUCCCUGACUCCUGAGGGAGUAAGUUCCACAGUUUAACGAUGUGCUUCGUGAAGAAGGACUGUAUUUUGUCUGUCCUGAAUCUUCCACUUGGCUAUGCACAGGUUUGAGUGUUACGCAUUGUGCUGACAGUGGUGAGCAGAUGGGUGUUGGGAGGUUUGAAUGAGCCAGGAGACCUUCAAAGACAGAGGCAUCAUGAUCUCUCCCUACUGUUUCCUCUUCUCCCCUCUCUCCAAAGGUGCCACAUUCAAUGUCUUCCACCCAAUCCAUUGCGGGUUCUUCAGAGAGCAGUAACAGUUCUGGAUCCUUGAAGGUAGUGACAAGCACUUGGCCUAAAUAUAUUUCCCUCCCUUGUUUCUGGACUGAACCCCGCUUCUGUAAGGGCUGCCCUUUUUCCUCCCCAGGCCUUUCCAAACUGAGCUCUGGAUGGUGUAGCAGGAGGGUGCUUAGUGGGGAGGGAAAGGCCUUUUGUUCGUUAAGUUGAAUAGCUUUAAUACAGUGGUACCUCCGGUUGCGAACAGGAUCCAUUCUGGGGGUCCGGCCACAUCCCGAGGAAUUCGCAACUGGAGGACCGCUUCUGUGCAUGUGUGUGGCGUGGUUUAGUGCUUCUGCGCAUGUGUGCGGCGCAUAGAGACCCAGAAAAAUACUUCUGGGUUUGCCGCUUUCACAACCCGAAGUUUAUGUUGCCCAAGGGUAACGUAAGCCGAGGGUCCACUGUAGGCUGAUCUAUCUUUGGAAUAAAAACCCAAAAGAAACCUGUUUGCUCUGGUCCCUGCACUUUUAAGGAGGGGAUGUGUAUGUGUGUCUAUGUGCUUUUAAAAAGAUUGAAAGUUGCCUGGAGCUAAAUAAUAUGUCUAAUCCUUCCUGCGCCCCCUUCUCUGCUCCAUUUCCCCAGCCCAAAUCGCACAGCUUCAAAACCCACAGCUUUUCCACACCCACCAAGUGUAUGCGUUGCACAUCCCUCCUGGUAGGGCUGGUCCGGCAGGGCUUGACUUGCGAAGGUGAGUGGCAUGUUGUUAGGUGGAGUGAGAAGGGGGUCCAGGUCAGGGGAGGUCCCCAGGUUCGGUCUCUAGGUAGGGAUGUGAAACACCCCUUCCCUGCCUGAAGAGUUGUGACCCAGCCUGGGUGCUGUAGAAUAGGAGAGGGUUCAAGGUGGGGGGUAGGGUCCUGUUGAUUCAUUUUCUCUUUAAUUCAUAAAAUUCAUACACCAUUGCAGUGGCUCAGUGGGGCCUGUUGGCUGCCUACUUACGCUUCCUCCUCCGUUUUCCCAGCCUGUAACUUCGUCUGCCACGUAUCCUGUGCUGGAGGGGCCUCCAUCUGCCCCCUACCCCCUGAACAGCUCCAGAAAACCUUGGGGGUCAACCCAACAAGUGGAACAGGGACGGCAUUUGAGGGGUUCCUGUCGGUAAGAGGUUGAGUCUCCCCCAAGUCUGAGAGAGCAUGGAGCAGUCCAUGUGGACAGGGUGGCUGUCGCCGGUUCAGGGAUCUGAUUGGGCACAUUCUGCCAAAUACACACCAAGAGCCCAACGUUGACUGCAAUGUUGAAAAGUGGGAGAAAAUGGAAGUGGAUGCUGGAAAAUGGAGACACUGCAGGAGCCCAGCCUCCUUGAGGAUGAAAAUUACUCCCCUUCUGACCAUCAAAUUGAUCAUUGGAUGAGUGGGAAGGGGGAAUAACCUUCCUCAACUGAUUUGCUAGGAAGAGGGAGAGGCUGGGUGCCUGGGGGUGGGUCCUGCAAGAUAGUGGGGUGACCGGACCAGGCUUUUGGCCACACACCCUUCUGGCAUGCUGCCCCCAGCGAUUUGGCCAAUGGUGGUCAAAAAAGAUUUGCCACCCUUGGUAUAGGCGAUGCUGGAAGGGGAAUGGGACAGACUCCUUGCAGCUGAAAUAAUGUUCUCUGAUUGUACCACCUUCACUCCCCAAAAGGUGCCCAAGCCUUCCGGGGUAAAGAAAGGCUGGCAGAGGGCUUUCGCCAUCGUCAGCGAUUUCAAGAUCUUCCUGUUUGAUGUGCCAGAGGGGAAGGCAGCACAAUGCGACGUGAGCAUCAUGCACGUUACAGACAUGAGGUAAGCAGGUACACCUUGCACAGGAAGUGGCGCUGUGGGCGGCCGUGGGGUGGAGGUCUGACAGAGCCUUAGUAUUUUCCAGGAAUCCUAAAUGAAGAAGGAAACCACCCAUUAUCUCUAGGGGUGCCCAAGGAAAGAUCAAACGGUUCCAUUCCCCCCUUCUGCUUCUUUUUGUUUGUUUUGAUUCCACUGGAUUUCAGUGGGAUACGCAGCCGGGGUUGUGCUGCCGAGAAUUCCAUGCUUUCCACCCAAAUGCCCUCUGCUUCGAUUGGCAGAACUGCCACUGCUACAGGUGCCACAUAAUAAUACCCCUUCCCCAUUUGUAAGAACUUGAAUCUUUUGGUGUGGCAGCACCUGCACUUUGGAACUCCCUGCCGAUUGACGUCAGGGAGGCAUCCUCGCUGUGCUCUUUUCAGCGCCUUCUAAAAACAGUGCUGUUUAGACAAGAUGUUUAGAAAGUGGAUGCAAGAUUUAACUUUUUGAAAGUCUGAAAUUAUUGCUGUUAACUUUUCUUACUGAGAAUAUUAUUGCUCUGUCUGUGUUGUAAACUGCUUCAAGGCUUUUCUUAAAAACAGUGUAUAUACAUUUAAUGAAAUAAAAAAAUAAAAUAAAUGCAGGCAUUCCUCUAAUCCCUGAGGAGAAUUAGACAUGCCAAAUGUCAUAACCAAGGAUGCCAGGUGAUAUUGGGGGUGUGGUGGGGAGACACACCUUAGCUGGUGCCAGCACACCAUGCAAAUUUUAGGAGAAUUCAACCCAGGAAUUGCCAUUUUCAGAGGCAGCCCUAGGUAGUCCUUAAUUCUCCCUUGUCACCUGGGUGAGGGAAAUAGCCCAAAAUGAAAGAGAGAGCAAUAGGGAUUCCACCUCCAUCGCCAAAAUUAUCUCAUCCACUAGGAUGGGGUGGGACGAGGAGAGCCGUGGCCCCCCAGAGGUUGUUGCACUCCCAUCUUACCUGACUGUUGGCCAUGUUGGUUGUGGCUGAUGGGAAUUGUAGUCCAAGAACAUCUGGAGGGCCCUAGGUUCCCCAUGGCUGCCCUGAGGUAGCUUGCUGUGGUUGUGGUCCUGCAGAUAACACAAGGCUCCCCUUCAGCCUCCACUCAGGGGAGAGAGGGAUGUCUCUAAGGCUCCUGUUUUUCUUUUGGCAACAGGGAUGAACAGUUCUCUGUGGCUCCAGUCCUGGCAGCAGACGUCAUCCAUGCCAGCAGCAAAGACGUGCCCUGCAUAUUCCGGGUAAGGAAGAAGAGAGGAAUGGAGAGAGGAGCCCCCAUUUCUCAGAAGACAUUUUUCAGAUAAAAUUUCUGAGGUGUCUCUUUUCCCCUAGAAAAAAAAGGCCAUUCUCUUCUGAAUAUUCUCCAACAAAAGUUUUUUGUGGCAGUUUCCAUUCCUCUCUGCCAAUCUCCUCACCCCAGCCACCUUUCACACAACCUUUACUAACCUGGCGCCCUCCAGAUGUGCUGCACUACAACUCCCAUCAAUCCCAGACACCACAGUGAGUUGUGCUCAUUAGGGACAAUCAGAGUUGUAGUCCAAAUUAUCUGGAAGGCAGCAGGCUGGUGAGAUUCCCUUUAGAAUAACAUGAGAUCCGGGGCCUUGGGGAGGAUACAGAAUGGAGGCCGGACUGCCAUACGAUGGCUACUCCUGACCCUCGCAGCAGCAGCAGCAGCAGCAGCAGCAGCAGCAGCAGCAAGAAACAAACAAAAUCUUAGGGGGAGGGAAGAGGGUGUGCUACAACGCACAGGGAGCCCACCCCUAAGAAACCCCAAGAGAAUUUUUCUGUCCUCUGAAUAAAUUUGGUGAAAUGAUCUCCCCAGUUUACCUGACCACAAAGAGGGUGGGUGAUAUUAUGCACGACCACAAUCUGAGGGGUGAGAGACUUUCGCGGUUCCAGGGCUUGGUUUCCUUGGAAUGAGGGUCAGCGAAGAUUGUGGUGUCUUUAAGGUAUAUGGUUUUAUUUACACAUCUCUACAACUUGAGCAUAGGAUGGAGGGGCUCACGGUGUCAACACCCCAACAGAUCUUGCUUCUCCCUCAGUCGCAGCUUUGGAUCCAGCACAGAGCAAACAGGUCUCUGUGUCUCCAGCUUCCAGCCUGCUUUUCCAGCUCAGCUCACAUUCACCGCACUGGCUGUUGUUCUCCUCCCUAGCAGCUAGAUGGGUUGGGUGGGUGGAGGAGACCCAGGCACAGGCUUGGAGGGCACCAUCACUUGGCUGCAUCUCUUGCAACCUGCUCAUUCUUUUGGGAUGCUGAUGAGGACACUUAAGUGGCCAGCUAAGGCCACUGUCUUAUCAAAAAUCACAGAAUUGUAGAGUUGGAAGGGACCCCUGAGAGUCAUCUAGUCCAACCCCCGGCAAUGCAGGAAUCUCAGCUAAAGCAUCCACAACAGGUGACCUCCCAACCUCUGCUUAAAAAUCUCCAAGGAAGCAGAGUCCACAACCUUGUGAGGCAAACCGUUCCACUGUCGAACAGCUCUUGCUGUCAGAAAGUUUUUCCCAGAUGUUUAGCCGGAAUCUCCUUUCUUGCUGAUGCCUGACUUGUUCAGCAACCGCCUCCAUUUCCUACUAACCCUCCCUGGGGACCACAAGAAUCGAAAGGGACACAGGCCAUCAUCCAGACUGACCCCCCCAACAAAAAAACCCACAGCGCUAUAAAACAGAAUAAGUAAAAAUCUCUUUUAUUUUUUAUCAAUUUUUAAAAUUGAUUUUAACAGAUAUAACGUAUAAAACAUACAAAAGAAACGACAUUACAAUACUAAAAGAAAAAAAACAAAAAACAAAAAUAAAAGCACAUAUUCCUUCUGAAGUUCAUUUUAAAUUCCAUUAUUAACUGACUUCCUCGAAUCCCCCCUAACUGAAUUUCAUUGUAUCACCUCAUAACUGUUCUCAAAAAUCAUCUUUCUACUACUAUUUACUCCUUCAAUUUACUAUCUUCAUCUCUUUUCUUAUUGACUUAAAUUCAUAUUUCUAUACAACAUUCUUAUUCUAAUCCUAGGCCUAUUUGAUACUUUCAAGUAGCUUCUAAUUAUCUUAUAUUACAGUAUUUAGUUAGACAGAAUAAGUAAAAAUCUCAAUACAACUAGCAACAUGAUGCAGAGCAGGGGAGGAAGAGAUCUGGGUCCUAGCAGGGAGCUGGGGACCCUGAAAGCCAUGUAGUCAAGGCAAGGAUUCCUCCAUCUGGGUACCCCUGAGGCCAGCUCCCCUUUGCUUCUCCUCCUCCUCUUCCUGGCAACCUUUGGAUGACCUGGAGUUUCCUCUGGGCUCGGAUUGCCCCUCAGGGGCCAGAACGACUUACCUGUGCCUCCAUCCUCAGGUGACGGCCUCUCAGCUGAGCUCCCCGCACACAACCAGCUCGAUGCUGUUCCUGGCUGACAGCGAAGGGGAGAUGAGGAAGUGGGUGGAGGUUCUGGCGGAGCUUCACCGCAUCCUGCGGGAGAACCAUCACCACGACCGCACCGUCUACAUCCUCAAGGAGGCCUACGACAACACCCUGCCCUUCAUCCCCCAUGCCCUGUCGGCAGCCAUCAUAGGUACGCAGGGAAGAGGGCAGGCCUGCUUUCGGAGGGAGGGAGAGGGUGCUGGAGGCAAAGCACCCUAAGCUUCAGCCAUUGGGGCUGAGCAAGGCUUGGGCGGGGCCCUCAGCUCUCCUAUCGAUGAGAUGCCUGAUCUGCCUGAGGGCAGAAUUUUUGAGUCCCUAACCGAGAGAAGGAAGUGUCUUUCUAAUGUCAUCUGUUCCCUUUUGCAGACAGAGAGCGGAUUGCUUUGGGUACAGAAGACGGCCUGUUUUUGAUUCACCUCCGGACAAAUGGUUUAGUAUUGUUUCGAAUUACAUAGUGCUGUAAUAUUUUGGGUGCCUGGGGACUCUAAAGCAGGCUUCCUCAACCUUGGCCCUCCAGAUGUUUCAAGACUACAAUUCCCAUCAUCCCUGACCACUGGUCCUGCUAGCUAGGGAUCAUGGGAGUUGUAGGCCAAAAACAUCUGGAGGGCCGAGGUUGAGGAAGCCUGCUCUAAAGGUUUUAUUUAUUUUUUUUAAAAUUGAUAUUUAUUAAAUUUUCAAAAAGUGACAAAUAACAACAAAAAUUUCCAAAAAAGUUUGAACAUACAAAAAAAAACAAAAAAAACACACAAAAAUAAUACAGAAAUAAUAAAGAAGAAAAAACCCAGCCGCAAAAAAGAAAAAAAGAGAAACAGAAAAACAGAAAUAUAAAAUCCUUUACGAUCUCCAUUAACUUCCUUUCUAGACUUCCUCCUCCUCCCUCUCUUGUUUCUUAGUAUUUAAUUUUUACAGCAAAUCCUUUCUGCUUUUUCAUAACCAUCUAUCAUUGCGUUUCCUUGUUCUAUUUUCCCUCUUGUCAUAUAAAAACUUUAAAAACUCAAAGCUUAUAUUCCAUAUUUAGCAAAUUCUUACAUCAUUACCUUUUACAAAUCAUUUACCAAUCCUUACUUAAGUCAUAUAAUUUCAUUCAACAUCCUUCAAACAUUUAUAAACAUUCCCAAUAUUAAAAAUAAGAAAGAAAAAAUAAUAAGUCAGAUUCAGUCCAGUCAACUUCCAGCCUCCUCCCCUGGUCCCGGGAUUGUCAGUCCUUUUAACCUCAAUAAUCCGGCUCCUUAACCUGGUUGUCUCGUGUCCGAGGCCCUCAAGUCUCUUUCUUGCCCCUUUCGCCACUCUUGUUGAUAUUUCCCUUUCAGUCGUGGAUACUCCAGCAAGAAGAUGCUUUUGACUCUUUGCAGCAAGUCCAUCCCAAACCCAUUACCCAAGCCAGACAGCAGAUAAUACCACUUCCAAUUUCCAGAAAACUUGAAGACUUCGACUACUCCAAUCCUCUGAUGGCCCAUCCCUAGACUCGGAAAGUCCAAAUAACCAUAUAGAGGGGUGUCAAUCCAUCCCCCAUUUCCAAAUCUGACCACAUUUCAUCUUUCCGAAUCAGGUUUGUCCCAAGUUCAUUUAUCAAGUUCAAAGGCUGAUCUUGCCCAUCCAUAGGUCCCUCCAUCUCUGAAGCCUCCGUCGCUACAGCAGGUUCAUAUUCUUGUAUAGACUUUAACUGAAUUUCAUUUGUUUGCUGCUGUGCUCUGGUGACUUCCGUCAUCAUCAAGGUCGACUCCUGACGCAUCUGGUCCAGCUGGGCACUUAAUUUUGCAAAACCUUCCAGGAACACUUGUUCAAGCCUUUGUACAAGCAUUGUCCUUCAAGGUCAGAAAAAAUUCUUUCCCACGAGAAUGGUCCUUCUCUUUUAAACUCUCUGCAUUGCAAUUACACUCAGUUCCACUAGAUGGAAAACCCUUUUUUUAUUUUUUUAUUUUUUAAGAGGGGGAAAAACAACAGUAACAAUCUUUCUUUUCCAGAAACACUUUAUCCAAAAUUCCCCUUUCAAAUUCAAGAGGCAACAGUAGAAUCAAAAUGUUACCCUUCUUUUAACUAUCUGUCGAGCUGGAUAAGCUUCAAAACGUCAGUUCUGACAGCCCGCUCCUGGUUCAGGGCGGUGGAAAAUUACCUUAUUUUAAACUCACUUCCGCAGGGUUGAAAAGAUCAAAACAACCCCCUUCUUCUCCUGCAAUCAAAAGGGGGGGUUCAGAAAUCUUAGAUGUUGAAUUUUAGUUCUCUCAGAGUUUAGUUUUCAGGCUUUAGUAUAAUUUGUCUUUGCUUUCUUCACGUAACAAAAGAACGGAAGGCGACUUCCUGUUUAGACCUUUCCGUUCCGAGUCCCAAUUAAAUUCAAUUUCAAGUUCAAGUCCAAUGUUAUUUAUUUAUUCACCAAUCUUAAAAGUAGUUCAGCUCUUCCAGGAUCAGGUACUCACGGAUAGAUGUUUUAGAUGCCAAAUUGUCCAGGAAAAGGCAGCGCUCUCCGAAAACGGCAGUGCGGCUUUGCUGCACGGAGGAAGCAGUCGACUCACAGCACCACGCACCUCCACUCGGAGCCCGCUACCGGGCUCCUGUACUAGGGGAGUGUGCUCUCUCGGGGCCCCCCGUGUCCCACGCCCACAGGCUUCUUCCGCCUGUGGUUUUAAAGGUCCCCGCUGCGCCGUAGCGGCAGGACCCAAGCCUCCGUGCAGCGGGUUCCCUUCAGUUCGAAGGGAAUUCCGCCAUUUUCCGGAGGCGCCACCCCGGAAGUCCUGCUCUAAAGGUUUUAAACUCCUCUGGAAACUGUAGCACUGUGAGGGGAAUAGGGGUCUCUCAGCACCCUGAAACAAACCACAAUUCCCAGGAUCCUUUGGGGGAGACUGUUUAACCUAUUAAGAUCGAUAUCCCUCUUGCCUAGUCUACAACUGCACCAAACUGCUCCUUCCCUCAUCCAGUUAAUUUUUUGCUUGCUGAUGGCUCCUGAUCUGAUUUCUCUCUGAUACAAACCUUGUGUCAUCACUCCACCUCUAUACUUUACUCAGUCACAGUUUCAGUUUUCUAUUCUCCUUUUACCGAUCUAUAUAUCUUAUCGGCUUUCCCCACCUUAAUUUUUUUUAAAAACCCAAUACAGUAUGGUCGCGUCUUAUGUGCAUUUAACUUGCGCAAUUUCAACCACAUGCAGUCAAAGGCAGGCUGGUUGAAAUCGCACGACUUAAACACAAGCAAAUUUAAUGGGGAGCAAGAAUCUCUCCAGGUCUGGGAUGCUCCCGCGGGAUUGCAGGAACUUGGACAGCCCCACAAGAUCUUGCAAGAGCAUUCAAGGACCUCCCAAGCCAGUGCACAGAGACGGCCUUGUUUCCUAAGCAAGGCAGAGAGCUCAAAAGCUUUUUGCACUGAGGAAACCUGGUGCAAAAAUAGGAUUUAAGUUCUCUGCCUUGCUUAGGAAACAAGGCCCACUCUGUGAGCCAUUUCUGGGAGCCCUGGGAUGCUCAUGUGGUGGUACUGUUCCAAAGACUUGAGAAUAAUAAUAAUAAUAAUAAUAAUAAUAAUAAUAAUAAUUUAUUAUUUCUUCCCCAGCCAUUCUGGGCGGCUUCCAACAAAACAUCAAAAUACUGUAAUGCAUCAAACAUUAAAAGCUUCCCUUUUAAUGUGUUUUUGCAUCUGUGCAAAACCCUUGGAUUCAAACCCCCAUGUAAGAUGUAAACAUAUUUAGGGGAGGAGGAAUUACAGUUCACUUCUGGCCUGUGUCCACCCCCGGUCACCUGCCAUUUCCUCCCCUCCCUCUACAAAUUCACAGUUCCCGUCCUUAGCUGGUAACGGAGUUGUGCCUCUUCUUUCCCUGCCCCAAAUUCCCCCCCACUCCAGAUGUGCUUCAGGUUGGGGACUGCCGCCGGGUGCAGCUGCUCCUGGUCUCUCCCAAGGCCCAGCUGCUCUCCGUCCUCUGCGGCAAGAACCACAGCCUCCGCAUCUUCUCCUGGGCGGAGCUGGAGACCCCGGAGGCCAUGGGGACCAAAGUGGUGGAGGCCAAGGGCUGCCAGGCGGUGGCUGUGGGGCUCGUCUGCCGCGGGACCACCCCCAUCCUCUGCGUGGCCUGCAAGCGGCAGGUCCUCUGCUUCCAGCUGACGGCCACGCGGCCCCCCCACCGGCGCAUCAAGGAGAUCCAGGCACCCGGCUACGUUCAGUGCUUGGACAUCCUGGGCGACCGGCUGUGCGUUGGAUGCCCCUCCAGCUUCUCCCUCUACCCUCUGCUCAACGAGGGACCCCCCGUGAGCCUGCCCCACCCCGAGGACCGCCGGGCAGCCGCCGUGACCCACAUGGAAGCGCUGAAGGCCGUGGAGGUCAGCCUGAGCGAGCUGAUCCUCUGCUUCAGUGGCUUUGGCCUCUACGUGGAUGGGCAGGGGCGCAGGAGCCGCCCCCAGGAGCUGAUGUGGCCCGCGCCUCCCCUCAAUUGCUGUAAGUGCCCCUUUUGGUUGGGGUUGGGGGGUCUAGAUUAUUUAAAUAUACUCGUGGUUUAUACUCAUGUUCCUCACUCUGCAGCCAAAAAGAUAGUCCCUGCCAAGAGGCUUUUGUUCUAAAAGGACACAACACACAAGGAAAAGGGACAGGGAGGGUAGAGGAAGGGAAACCAAACCCAGGCACCAAUAAAAACAGUUGUUCUUCUAAUGACCAGCUGGCACAGCUCAGGUCAGAGGGGCCUGGUGGAGCUGGGCGUUUGGCAAAGCUGAUGGAUUGAGUCUGCUGCUUCCCCGUCUUUCCCACUGAGGCAGCCUAAGGAAUGGCUGCCCCCAGGUGGCAGCGGAGGGAGGAGGCCUGGUGGUUGGCAGAGAGACAGACUCUCAGGGCUUACCCACCCUUAGUUUUUUGCCCCACUCUUUCCAGGCACUGGUCUGCUCUUAAAAGCCCCAUGCCUAUAAACACACGAGCAGGAUUUGAACUAUGAACAACCGAAGGGAUUGAAAAUUACAAUAGCUUUGUUAAGGUUUAAGAGAUAGAAGACGGGGUGUAGCAGAGGGAGAGAAACAGAAACACCAUGGAAAAGGGGGUGGGAAGUUGGGGGGACAUAAUAAAAACUUUAGGAAAAAAGCUCUGUGUCUGAGCUUUCACUGUGAAAAACUACACUUCUAGUGCUUAAUCGGAGCAAAUGUCAAUUUGGGUUUCCUGCAGACUACAGUUUGCUCUGAUUGAGCUUUAAAGAGCAGGGUUUUGCAAGAAAAGCUCUGGAGCAAAAAAGAAGGGUGCUCAGAUAUGGAGCUUUAAGGCGUGUGCCUGGAGAGAGCAAAGGGCAGAUAAGAAAGAGCAGAGGACAGAUAAGUGUGGCUAAAUCCUUAGUGAAGAAGCCAGGCCAUUGGUCCAUCUAUCCCAGUGCAGUCCACUCAGACUAGCCGGCGUUUCCCAUCCCCUGCCACUGACCUGAUCCUUGGAAGUGGCGAUGCCACUGGGGGUCUCUGGCAGGUAAAGUGGGUGCUCCAUCACUCAGUCAAUGUCCCACCCACUCAUAAAGAGUGUACCAGUGGUGUUGGGUUUUGGAGUUUUUUGUUUCUGUCUUAUAAUAGAUACAAGAUUAUAAUCUCUAGCUGUGGCGUGCAGCCUGUGUUUUCUUGGGGGGAGGAAAUCAGUGGAAAUGUUAAUGUUUUUAAAAUUAAAUAAAGAGUGCAUCAACCCAGGCAAGACUUGAACCCAAAUCCAGAGACAGGUACUUGUAUCUGCCAGGCUGAAUGAUGCAGCCAGAGGGUUGUGGGUCCAUACGUGUCUGCCCCACCCCAAGCGCCCAGAUAUUUGUAGUGCUGACUACAGCACUGGAUGAAUGAGGGGAGAUGUGCACCCCAGCCCGACAAUCUGGUCUUCAUGUCCUUGUUUCCCCCUCCCAGGUUACAAUGCUCCGUACCUGUCAGUAUUCAGUGAGAACGCAGUUGAUGUGUUUGACGUCAGGAAAGCUGAGUGGAUUCAGACGGUGUCUCUGAAAAAGGUUUGUGGGGCUUUCUUCUGGGAGGUUUUUUGGUCUUAAUCCCUCACCCGUAGGGUUUACCCUCCCCACUCCCCAAAUCGCUUGACUUCAUUUAACUGUUUAUCACAUCCUUACAGCCAAUCUCAGGGGCUGAGAUUGGUGGAGGGGGUCCUUCACCCUCAGAGGUUUGGCGUCUCAGCAGCCUGGGACAGGGCCUUCUCUGCGGCAGCCCCUAAACUGAGGGACUCCCUCCGCACUCCCUCCCUCCAUACCUUCAUUAUACAGCUUUCGGCAAUGCUGAAGACGCACCUUUCCUCCCGGCUUCUGACACUUCAGAUACAUAUUUUUAGGACUCAUAUCUGUGAUUUUACAUUGUUUUGAACUGUUUUUAAUAUUGGGUUUUAAUUACUGUAACCUGCCCUGGGUCCUUGGGGUGCAAGGCGGGUGAUGAUGAUGACGACGAUAAACUAAUGUUUGGUUCGCAAGUGUUUUUAAUUGAUUGAUGGUCUUUGGAUCAAUUGACCUGGCCAGUCAAACGACUUAACAGUGUGACCCAAUGCAUGUCUACUCCGAAGUAAGAUGCACUGAGAUCCAUGGGCCUUACUCCCAGGGUUGCAGCUGUCCUCUUACCUAUUUUGCAUAUGCGUGCUAAAAACAGGAUUGUUUUGGUCAGGAAUAACUGAUGAGCUCCAGGGUCCUCUGGUGGGUGGGUGUGCUGGUAUGGAUCAAGAGCUUCAUCUCGGUGGGGGGAGGCUGUCAGCAUCAUCCUAAGCUUUGCAGAAUUGCCUUCUCAUGCUGCAGGGAAGGGGGUUCUGCCCCAGGGAAGGUUGGCAAGUACCCCAUCUGGAACAAAACCUUUUCUCUGGAAAUUUCAUAUUUCAGAAAAGUGUCCCUUUCUCUGGUUCCCAGGUACGAGCACUGAAUCCUGAGGGCUCCCUUUGCACUUUUGGCAGCGAGAAAGUCCACCUGACGUACCUCAGAAACAAGGCAGCUGGUAAGUGGGGGGAGGGGAGCAAGGGGAUAGGUGAGGGACACACACCCCAAGGUGGCCCAGGGCUCAUGUUGCUUCCAGGCAACUUUUUUUUUUUAAAAAAAUAAUAUUUAUUAAAGUUUCAAAGGGAAAAAAAUCACAUUAGUAAAAAAAGAAUUAACAAUGAAAAAGAAAAAUACAAAGUAGAAAAAAAGAAAAAACAAUUAAAAACAAUUCCAUCUUUUCCUCACUUCUUUUACGUUUACUUGUUUCCCGGACCUCCUCAUACCUCCCUCUUUUGUAUUCCAAUUAAAUUUGUUAAUCCAACAAUUCCUUUCCCUCCUUUUUAAUCCUAAUCUUUAAUCUUGAUAUAUUAUAACUUUAAAUUUUUACAUAUUAAAAACCAAUUUUUCCAUAUUCUUUUGUACCUGUACAGCUAGAAACCACUUAACUUCAAUCCAACAUCAUUCUAACAUUCAUUAAUUUUGCAAUAUUUCUGUAAAUAGUCUUUAAAUUUCUUCCAAUCUUCUUCCACCGACUCUUCUCCCUGGUCACGGAUUCUGCCAGUCAUUUCCUCCAAUUCCAUGUAGUCCAUCAUUUUCAUCUGCCAUUCUUCCAGUGUGGGUAGAUCUUGUGUCUUCCAAUGCUUUGCAAUGAGUAUUCUUGCUGCUGUUGUAGCAUACAUAAAGAAAGUUCUCUUCCAGGCAACUUUUCAGUCCUGAUGUGUUAGCAGGGAAGUUAUAUGACAUUGUCCGAAAGCAAUUAUCACCUCACACUUUCCAGGGCAUCCCACUUCGUGGGGUGGGAGAACUGAAAAUAAUACCAAUAUAUCUCACAUCUGGCAACCAAUGCGCCCCUUUGGUUGCAGAUAGUACAUGGGUAGACAAGUCUAAAAAGCCCAGGACACAAAUUUUCACAGCCCUCUAGCAGCUAUGGUGGCACAUUUACCAGAAGUAAUGCAUUUAGCGUUAACUCUGUAAGUGUGUAAUGGGACCACAGAGCCUAGGACUUGCCGAUCAGAAGGUUGGCGGUUCGAAUCCCCGUGACGGGGUGAGCUCCCAUUGCUCGGUCCCUGCUCCUGCCAACCUAGCAGUUCGAAAGCACGUCAAAGUGCAAGUAGAUAAAUAGGUACCGCUCCGGCAGGAAGGUAAACGCCGUUUCCGUGCGCUGCUCUGGUUCGCCAGAAGCAGCUUAGUCAUGCUGGCCACAUGACCCGGAAGCUGUAUGCCGGCUCCCUCGGCCAAUAAAGCAAGAUAAGCACCGCAGCCCCAGAGUCGGUCACGACCAGACCUAAUGGUCAGGGGUCCCUUAACCUUUACCUUACCUGGAAGUGUGUACUCAAUUCUGACCAAACUGAGCCUCAUAGCAUAAAAUGUACAUCAGUAUGACACCACCACCACCACCUCAAGUAUCAUAGAGCCAUAGAAUUGUAGAGUUGGAAGGGACCCCAAGAGGCAUCUAGUCCAGCCCUCUGCAAUGCAGGAAUCUCAACUAAAGCAUCCAUGACAGAUGGCCAUUCAGCCUCUGCUUAGAAACCUCCAAGGAAGGAGAGUCCACCACCUCUCAUGGGAGUCUGUUCCCCUGUCGAACAGCUCUUACUCUCAGAAAGUUCAUCCUGAUGUUUCGUUGGAAUCUCCUUUCUUGUAACUUUGAAGCCACUGAUUUCUCCUCCCUACCGCCUCCAGAUCAGGAUGAGUUUGAAAUCCCCCAGCCGACGGACAACAGCCGGCGGCACCUCGUGAGGACCAGGCACAAGCGCCGCUUCUCCUUCCGGAUCUCUGAGGAAGAGCGGCAACACCAGAGGAGGUGAGGCGCAUGGUGGCCGUCUUGUCGGUGGGGUCUCUGUCACUGCUGCUAUUGCGUUCGGGGCUCAGAGGACAUGCAGACAUUUUCAGAAGCUGGCUGCAAGGGGUUCUCUCCUCCAGGGCGGAGACGCUUGGAAGGACGCGUGUGUGAGAGGUUGGUGGGGUUGUUUCAGGGACCUUGGCAUGCGGCAAGUGGGGAUGUGGGGCCUGUACAUGAGAACAAAGUGGAAGACUCCCAACGAAAGAUCCAACAGUCCACGCUCUUGGGCUCUUUCUCAUCUGUUAAAAGGGUUUUGUUUUAUGCCAGGCUUUAAAAUGCUUGUCUUAUUGUCUCACAAAGCUGCUUUAUGCUUAAUUAUCGCAGUGUUUUUGGCAUGUGGGUUUUGGCAUGUGCUUCUUUUAAAAACAUUGCUGUGUUGUGGAAUGAGCGUAAGAGAUCAGAAGAGCCCGUCUAGUCCAGCAUCCUGUUCCAACCAAGUGGGAAACCCACAAGCAGGAUCCAAACCCAAGAGCAGCUCUCCUUUCCUGUGUUUUCCAGCAGUUGGAAUUCAGAAAUAUUACCGCCUCCAACUGUGGAGGCAGAGGAUAGCCAUGGAGGCUAGUAUAUUAUGCACCACUUAAUUGUAAAAAAACCCAACAACAUCAAAGCCAUUUACAAAAGAGAUAAGGCAAUAAAUUAGCAGUAAGAAAAAUGAGCAAUCAUAAUUUAAUACAUUUGAAGAGUUAAAACAACCAUUUUAUUUUUUUAUAUAGCCUUUAUCCUCCCCCAUGAAUCUGGCCAAUCCAAGUUGGUGGACAUUGCUGCCUCCUGUGGGAGUGAGUUCCAUAGUUGUAACUAUGCAGUGCAUGAAGAAGAACUGGGUUAGGAAUCCGCCUUAUGCCGUGUCAGGCCAUUUGUGCAUCUAGCCCAGUACUGUUGACACUGACUGGCAGCAGUUUUCCAGGAUUUAAGGCAGGAGUCUUUCCCAGCCCUGCCUGAAGGUGCUGCAGGAGAUUGAACUGUGGCCCUUUCCCUGAGUAGAGUUGCUUCUGCCCCUGGAUGGUUUGGGUUGCCCUUUUCCAGCCCUACAACCCUCCCCCUCCUGCUAGCCUUCUCGUCUCUUGCAGGGAGAUGAUGCGCGACCCGACCCUCCGCUCCAAGCUCAUCUCCGGCCCCAGCAACUUCAACCACCUGGUCCACGUCGGGCCGGGCGAGAAGCACCACCAGCUGCAGGACCUGCAUGUGGUGAGUUGUGUGGCGGACUCAGAAGACGCUUCCUUGCUGCAGGGGUUGUCCGAGGAGAAAAGGGCAGCCUCUGAUUUUAAGGGCAUAAGGAGGGCCUGCUGGAUCAGGCCUAUGGCUCAUCUAAAACCAGCAUCCAGUUCUCAUUGUGGCCAACCAGUGGGAAACUCGCAAACAGGAUUCAAACACAACAGCAACUUUUCCCUCCUGUGGCUUCCAUUGAGAAGCAUCGCUGCCUCCAACUGUGGCAGCAGAGCAGCGCCUUUGUGGCUAGUAGCUGUCAAUAGCCCUCCAAGAAUUUGUCCCAGCCUCUUUUAAAGCCAUCCAAGAUGGUGGCCCUCCCUGCCUCCGACGGGAGCAAAUUCCAGUUUAACUCUGCGCUUUCUUUUCUCUUGUCCCGAUUCUUCCAACAUUCAGUUUCAUGAGAUGCCUAUGAGUUUUAGCAUUAUGAGAGAGGGAGAAAUAUUUCUCCUCUAUCUGCUUUCUCCAUGCAAGGUGUAAUUUUAUGAACUUCUAUCAUUCUUCAGCACUGAGAUCUGGUCCUUCUCUGUUGAAAACGACAGGUCCCAGCAUCCUUGGGUCCUCCAACCCGUUUGCGCUUAUUCUCCCCACACACCCUCCCUUCUCCCUCAAGUAUGAUCCUUUCACGGCCUUUGUUUCCAGGCCCAGGAAGAGAAGAGGCGAGAGGCUCAAGUCCGGAUGCGCUGCAGCAGCCUCUCCGAGACCCGGCGCCCCUCGGCUGCAGGCGGCACUGGCAGGACCCCGGGAGCCGCUGGUCCUUCCUUCUCCUCCUCCUGUAAGAGGGGCCAUGGCAAAGGGGAGGCGGGGACCUCAUCCAGGGCCACAGGGGCUGGGCUCUGCUGUGGCCCAGUGGCACCCAAGCAAGUGGGUUUUUUGGGGGGUGCAGCUGCCGAUUCCUCAGCUGAGCUGCCCACCCUCUUGUCCCCGCAGUAAAGCACAAGUCUGGCAGCUCCAUGUCUGAUGACUCCUCUGCUGCUGCUCCGAGCUUUGGCGUGGGCAGUGCCACGCUGGCAGAGGUAAGGCAUCCCUGUGCAAAAGGGGCAGGAGGAAACUGGGGCCUAGAUUCCUGUCCUGCCCUUUUGCAUUCCCCUCUCCCAUCCCUAUUUUGCAGCAAUCCUUGCCUCUUUUCUCCCAAGAACCAUAGAGCCCUGUUUAGGGAAGUUUUUAAUAUUUAAUGCUGUGCUGUUUUUAGCACUUGAUUGGGAGCCGCCCAGAGCGGUUGGGGAAACUCAGCCAGAUGGGUGGGGUAUAAAUAAUAAUUAUUAUAUUAAUUAUUAUUAUUAUUAUUAUUAUUAUUAUUAUUAUUAUUAUUUUAUUAUAGUUGGAAAGGACACAAAGGCUCAUUUAGUUCACCCCGCUGCAGUGCAGGAAUCGAAUGUUCAGACAGCAGUGGGUGAAGGCCCUCCCUACACAGGCCCUUGCUAAUAGGAUGCCCACCCUAUAAACACAGGGCUUUCGCACUCCGCUGUUUCACACCCACACCCCACCCACGUGCCUUCUCCUCUUCUAGCAGAUCUUGGAUAAAACGCAGAGCCUCCCUCCGUGCCCAGGAAGCACCAGUUCCACAUGAUGGGAGGCAUCACUGCCCGGCUGCAGACCUGCCUUGGACGGCUCUGGCUCCCUUGACUCUGGCCACAAAAAUGUGCCUCCCUGUCUGGACUCGAAGGGCAAAGCACCGCCUGGCAGAUGCCCAGAGGCAGCGGGAGACUGCCAGCCCUUGUGAAGCGGCCUGGAUCGCAGCACUUCAGCCUUCGAAGGUGGACCGGGGCUGGAAUGGGGGUCAGCCAACCUCCAUGAGGAUGCAGCAAGAACUUCUCCCACCCCACAUCUCAGGGAACGCGGCCGGCCACGCCCAGCUGCCUCAGCACCUCUGCUCCUGCCCCCAACUGCCCCAUCAGCUCUCUCUUCUCCACAUGCACCCCCACUGCAAAAGCAGCAACAGGACCAGAACCGCCUCCCUCCAGCCUUGAUGGAAACAUUUUUUAAAAAGUCCCUAAAGUUUACUUUUUACAAAAUCUAUGCUACUUUCAGCCAUAUUCUAAGUAAAGCCUGAGACCAUCGUGCCAGCAGCAGGGUGGUGGUGGUGGCAAGACAAACGGGUGCCCUUUGAGGGCCAACCUGCCGGAUGUGCACUCUGGCAGGGAGCAGAGGGACCCUCUCAGGGAAUGGCAAAAUCUCAGCCAGAAAGAAAAUGCAUUAAAGAGUUAAAAAGACAGUGCCGCUGGCAGGUUUUCUCAGGGGUGGGGAGUCACUGGAUAAAGGGGGAGAGGGGAUAAAAGGUUUGAUGCCACGUUGCUCCUCCAUCUGGUUGGCGUGAAGCGUGUAUGAACAAGCACAGAGGGGGGUGCCUUUUUCACCUUCACUGGAGCUGCUGUGGUGCGCUAAUCAAAUUAAAUUAAAUUAAAGCCAUGGUUCGGCUUAGCACAACAUGCAAACCUCAGCUGGUGGUUUGUUUCACUCCCAACCGUAAGCUGGAACCAAGGUAUGUUCCUUGCUUGCAGCUCGUUGGUAACAAGGCCAGCUCCACCACGACCAGCUCUGCAGGGACUCUGAAGUCAAACCAGGGCUCUCCUCUGAUUAGCAGGGGGGCAAUGGCAGAAGAACAUGAGGAGCAGCAAAAUGGGUGCUGUCUCUCCUCCGCUCCCCACUUGUUGAUGCUUGCCGAAUACUUGCAGAAGUAUUGUGGCUUGGCUUAGCCUUUUAAGAGCUUGCUGGAUGAGGCCAGUAGUCCAUCUGGGCCAGCAUCUUGUUCUCACCGUGGCCAACCAGAUGCCCGUGGGAAACAAGAUUCGAACACAACAGCCCCCUCCCCUCCUGUGGUUUCCAGCAACUGCUCUUCAGAAGUAUUGCUGCCUCUGACUGUGGAGGCAGGGCAGAACAGGCUAGGAGCCAUCAAAAGUCCUCUCCUGUCUAAUCCUCUUUUUUAAGCCAUCUAAGUUUGCCAUCCCUGCCUCCCGUGGAGAGGCACAGUUCCAGAGUUUAACUAUGCGCUGUGUGCAGGACCACUUUCUUUCGUCUGUCCUGAAUCUUCCAGCUUCACUGGAUGGGCACAAUUUUCUAGCAUUACGAGAGGGGCAGGGACAUAUUUAUCUGUGCCAUACAUAAUUUUAUAAACUUCUAUCGCAAAAG